GGGUGGGGGGAGUUUGCCUUGCCUUGCCUUGCUUGCCUGCCUUUUUUCCCCCUCCCUCCUUCUCUCUCUCUCUCUCUCUCUCUCCCUGGCAGUGUCAAUGGCUCCUCCUGCCACGGAGCGGCGACGGGCUUAAGCCGAAGCCGGGCCAGGGGGAGCUGUGGGCGACUCCCUCGAGAGAGAGAGAGACGGGGGGGCACGAAAGCGGCGAUAUUUGAGGCUGGGGGAAGGGGGAGGGAGGGGAAAGCGCGCGCUCGUGAGGGGAACGAGGAGGAGGAGGAGGAAGGAGGAGAAGGGGGGGUCACCAGCGGCACGAGCAUCUCCCCCCCCCCUCUCGCAACCUCGUUAACCGCCGCCGGCGGAGGAGCGACCUGAGCGGCGACUGAGGAGAAGCAAGGAGGAGGCUCCUUCUUUUCCACCGAGAGAGAGCGAGCUCUCAGUCGGGCCGGUUCCCCUCAGCCGGCGGGGGGGCUCCCUCGUCCCUUCCUUUCCUCUCCCCCCUCCUCUCCCCUCUCCUCCCCCCCUACCCACCCCGAGUACCGGAGCCCGGAGGAGCGACCCCCUCUCCUCCCCCCGCCCGAGCCGGCAAAUGAACUCGGUCCGAGCCGCCAACAGGAGACCCAGGCGAGUGUCCAGGCCGCGCCCGGUGCAGCAGCCGCCGCCGCCGCCUCCGCCGCCGCCUCCUCCCGCUCAGCCGCCUCAGCAGCAGCAGCAGCCACUGCAACUGCCGCCGCCGCCGCCGCCACCGCCGGAGAGGAACAACAACGCCGCCGCCGCUGCUGCCGCAGCCGCCGCCGUCGCCGCUGGGGAAAGGGGUAAGAGGCCGGGGGUGGGUACGGUGGGGGGGGGCAGCGAAUGUGUGUGGGGGGGAGAACCGGGUGGGGGUCCCCCCUCAUAUAACUGCGAGGCAACGCUGUUUCCCCCACCCUUCCCUCUCCUUUCAAGGCGUACAGGCCCCGCUUUGUUUGGCUCGGGCCCUAUUGGGGGUUUGUGGGUGGGCUGGGUGCCUUUUAAAAAAAUAAGCUCGUUGUGGGUUCCUCUCAGGUAGGGAAGGGGGGGGGUCCGAGAGCCCCUUUCGGUUCCCCUGUGAGGGAGGGGGGCGAGAAGAGAGGCCCAGGAUCUCUCUCUCUCUUUUUUGGCCACAGGGUGGGGAGACCACUUCCCUUCCUCCCCCCCACCCCCGUGUCCGGGACACGGCGUGUAUCCCAGUAACUUGUGUUGACACCUUUCCUUUUAUUCUCUCCGUCCCCUCCCAACUCUUCCUCUCAGCCCCCACCCCCUGAUUGCCUCCCUCCCUCUUUCCCCCUCUUUUCUCUCCCUCUUUUUGUAAUGGUGUCUCAUGGAGACAAGAACUGCUCUUUCUCCCCCCCUCCUCCUCUUCCUCUCCCUCCCUCCCUCGCCCUGCCCCAGUGUUUUUGCUGCGCAGUUUGCAUUCAGUGUGGCUUUGGUUACCCGGGGCCCGGAGGAAAAAAAGAGAGAGAUAGAGAUCGGGAGGGUUUGUGUGUGUGCGGAGGGGGUGUUGUUCGGUGGGGUAGCACAGCACCGAGGAGAGGAAUCGCAGACCGUUUUCUGUCCGGGUAGAUCAUCGGCCAUUUAUUUAUCUGCCUCCUGUCUCCUCCACCCGCCCCCCUCCGCCCGUUUCAGCCCGUCGUUCUCUCCCCUCCACCACCGCCACCCAGUUCACCCACCGCCCUAAAUAAAAACCCACAAAUAUUUGCUCCUGGUGUCAGGCUGCUGCGGCUGGCAGCCGAGGAGCCUUCUCCUUUUCUCGCGCGUGCGAAGGUUUCGCUUCCCUGCCUGUGCGUGCUGGUCGUGGGCCUAGUGUAAAAAUGUUGUCAGAUUGGAGGUAGUCAGGGAAGCACCAUUGUCUGAAAGAACUGGGAAUGUAGUCGUAGGGAAUCCUCUUCUUCUUCUUAUUCCUCCUCCCCUCCUCCCCUGUUUUCUUUCCUUCCUUUUUCCGUAAUGGAGGCUUUAAACGUUCAUCGUGCAAAUAAAUAAAAACAGAGUCUUGGGGGUUUCUAUUACUGGGCGGCCCGCGGCGGGGAGGGUGAUCGCUCGCUCAGCUGCAUAACUGUUGCCAUAUUAAUUGGCUGGGGUUCUCUCCCUGUGUUGGUGUGCUGUCGUCGCAGGGUUAUUUUCUAAAGGAGAAGAACAGGGGUGGGAUCGAAGGAGACAUUUUGCAUUUAUUAUCUGGUGGGUUGGAUUUUUUUUAUUUUUUAUGCGCCGGUGUCGCACCUAUCGCAUGAUAAAAGGAGAAUGACCUGUGGUACGGUGGUUAAGACGUUUAACAAAAACACCCAUAGCCGUUGUUGUCUUUUGUUUGAGAGUGUGGGGAUAAUACGUUAGAGGAGAAAAUGUUGUAGUCUUAAGAACUGCAUUGAAACUCAAAGAGUUUUUGGUUUUUUUAAAAAAAAGAUAAAACGGGCUUCCAUUAACUCAUUAAACAAAGGGACAGUAACCUGCUGAAACGCUUUUAAUUCUUUCUUUCCUCCAUGGCUUUCCUCCCCCCACCCAAUUGGUCAACACAAGAAUGUUGCCCAAACCACAUAGCUGUGUAUUUUCAGAGGAUGUGAUGUCCUAUGCCCAAUUAUGGCUUUUGUGUAAACCAUUAAAAAUCUUUCUCACAUCACUUACAUAAUUACUGAUCAUGCUUUUUUUUUUUUAAGGAGUUCACUUCCUCCUUUUGUAUGUACUGUAUUGUACAUUUUUGCCCUCUUGUGUUCCAUGUGCAUGGAGGUUUUUUAAUUACGAGCUUAUGUGUUGACAAUUUCUACAUAGUUGAGCAAGGUUUUGUGACAGGUGAGGAAAAUGUAAAGGGAAGAUUGCUGUUGAAUACUUCUAUUAAUUACUGAACUGGAAGUUUUAAUUUUAAAAUAUUUCUAGGCUGCUUUGGGGGCAAUGUCCAUCAGAAGUGGCUUAUAAAUGUAAAACAUGAAAAGAAAACAACAUAAAUGUUCUCAGUGUUAACCACCAGACCAGGCUUAAUUAUUCAGCUAGUACUAAUUUCUUACCUCUGGAUAUCAUUCAUUUUAAUACAAAAUUUUAGGAUUGAGAUGUUUGUGCAUAAUAUAAAUAUUCACUUGACAACUAAGAAGACAUAUAGUUAAUCUCAGCAGGAGAUGUUCUGCAGCCAAAUAAAUGAUAAGCCCUUUCGUGUUUACAUAUUAAAUAUAAGAAUUAUUAGGGUGGCUGACAGAUUUUUGGGCCUGAAAAUUUCCUCCAGUUCUUUACUCAUGUGAAACACCAAGGAAAGUAUAUUUAUGAAGGUGUGCUUGAGUUUUUUUACUCAGACUUUUAAAGGUCAGUGAUAAUAUCUUUCCUCAAUGUGAUCUUAAUAAAUUGACCAUUUAAAAAAUAUAUAUUCAUCUGUUCUUCCUUAAUUUUGGAUCUCUUCUGGGUGUUCUAAGAUUCAAGUAUCUUUUAAAUUGGGAUAAUAAGCCUGAUUAUUCAGAAGUAACUGGCACUAAGAGAAGAGUAUUAUUUCUAAGUGUUUAAGAUUGAAGACCCAAAGUCAUUGGCCUUCCAUGGUCACAAAGGCAGGUCAAUCAAACAAACAAGACUUUAAGGUACCAAGGGUAUAUCUGCUCUUUGCAAUAUGUAUCUAUUUUGUAUUUAGAAGAAACCUUAUAAAACAAUUGAGAAAAUAAGUCCCUUCAUAUGUAAGAUACUAGGAAUUACUUUAGAAAGAUAAACAGAAGUACAGUAGAGACCUAUUAGAUGAGGCAAUGAGUAUAAUAGCACUCUAGGUUUAAAAAUGUGAAUUCUAGGGAUAAGUCAUAUGAUAACAAAUUUAGACUUGUUUAAGAUCUGUAUACUUUUUGCAUGCUUGAUUUGAAUGUUCAGAUUGUAAUGUGUAUUUCUUCAACAAGAGCACUGCUUCCAAGCAUCUCUGUGAUGAGGUGUGCUUAUACAUGCACUGUUCAUUGUAGAAAUGCCAGUGGUUUGUGCACAUGGUGAACAGAUUUGUGUAAGCAUGCAAUCAGAGCAGACAAGAAAAGUCUACAAGUAUUGGGGAAAAUGCAGUUGUGUGAAUCAAUCCUCAGUACUGUACAAAACAGGAAGUGAAUCGUGCAGUACUGAAUUUAUAUCUAUCUGUGCUAUUCACUUCAGCUGAGUUAUUUUCAAAUUAGUUUUAUGAUAUUUCUAAAAAGGUUCUGGCUUUCCAGUUGGAGUGCUACAAUGUUUUACUACAAGAUGAACUUCUUUUUUGAGGGAGGGCAAAAUUUAGGAGCCAAUUUGGAAGAGAAACUCACUGCUUAGUGAAAUAACCCAGGGGUUAGUCACCAGACCCAGUUAUUUAGCCAUCAGUAUUGUCUGUAUAUUUGUAUCCUGACUAUGGUGCUUUCUAGUGCUAUCCUAGAAAUAUGGCUCUUAGACUGAAUGCUAGAUGUUUUAUCUCUUGGAAAUAUGUUCAAGUUAAUAUACAGUGGUACCUCGGGUUACAUACUCUGCUAACCUAGAAAUAGUACCUCAGGUUAAGAACUUUGCUUCAGGAUGAGAACAGAAAUCGUGCAGAGGCGGUGCAGCGGCAGCAGGAGGCCCCAUUAGCUAAAGUGGUUCUUCAGGUUAAGAACAGUUUCACGUUAAGUACAGACCUCCGGAACGAAUUAAGUGCUUAACCUGAGGUACCACUGUACAUAGUUUUGUCUCCUGUAGUAUAUUGUAGAAUUCCAUUUUAGGGAUUUAUAGUAAAAGCAUUAUCAUGACAAUAAUUUAAAUUGGCAAAUGAUACCUGCUGAACCCCAGUCUAUGUAUUCUACCUAAUUUAGACCUAGUUGUGACUUAAGCAGUUUUUAUAUAUAACUUGUUACAAAAGAAUGUAAUAACAUUGCAAGCAAUGCAGUGGGGAUAGAUGGAUGCACAUUCUGUUGUGGACUUUUGUGUUCAUAGUUCCUGAUCCAGCAAGCAAUAUACAUUCAGGAUCUUGCUUCCACACAUGGAUCCGUUCAGCUGAAUUAGGGUGAUAUUGGGAAUAGAAUAUGGAUUGAUUUUUAAAUUAGGCCUUUUAACAUUGAUUUAAAAACAGUUGUGUGAUCUGACUUCUCUGGUUAAUUUCUUAAAAUUGAUUCUUAUGUAAUUAUACCAUCAAGCAUGUUAUUUACAAUGAGUAUAGACUUCAAGAAUUGCUUUUGGACGACUAAGCAAAUGAUCUAGUAAAAAACACAAACUCUUUGUAUGAAUUGUAUGUCUCAAUAUAACAGUAACUUGCUAAUUGUCUUUAGUUUUGUAAGGAUAUGUGGGAUAGUCUGGCCUGAUGCACCUUGUUCACUGUUGCUUCUACUAUAUAGUUGAGUUCAUGUGGACUAAUUUGUAAAUAGUGCAGAUAUGUGGUGGACUUUACUGAAGGUCAGAAAUAUUCAUCCUUACCUUUCAUAUGUGUUACAUUUACCACACAUCAGACAUGAAUCCAGAGUUAAUUAAUGAGAAGGCAUGUGCUGAAUACUGGCAUCAACAAUGUAUUUGAAGUUGAAGUCUACUUAAGACUGUGUGCCAGAUUGCUAGAUACACCUUCUCCACUAUACAUGGUUAAUGCUGCUUGUUUAUGGCAGGGUAGUUUACUAAUCAUAUUAGUUAGCGCUGUCACCUUUAUAAUAGAAUCAUAGAACUGUAGAGUUGGAAGGGACCGUGAGGGUCAUCUUGUCCAACCCCCUGCAAUGCAUGAAUCUUUUGCCCAACGUGGGACUUGAACCCACAACCUUGAGAUUGAGUUUCAUGCUGUACCAACCGAGCUAUCCCAACAGCAAUAAUCUGUUUAGGUGAAGACAUGCUUCCACAUACUGUAGAAAAGGUGACCAUCUUGUGCUAUACAUGUGGACUUGAUCCAGUGGCUAGAACCAGAUGUGUGUUCAGUGCCGCUAUUAUGAUCCAGCUACAGGAGACCACACACAGCACUCGUUUGUAUGUAAGUGUGCAAGAAUCCAGAUUCCCAGUAGCCACUGGCAUGUAAAGCUUGUGUCUUCUGUUCCAGUCACUGCAGGGGAGGUAAAGGCAAAUUCUGUUUGGUUUCCAAACUUUACCAGAAAACCUCACAAUCUCCUGCAAACAGUGUUUCCAAGAACUAAGCACAGAAAUCUGCUUCUAUAUCUGUAUUGCCCAUGCUAAAUUGGAUAAUCUCUCUUCAUCCCACCGGAUUUAUUGACUACAUGUUUCAUUUUUAAAAAGGUGAAAAACACAAUACUGGCCCUUUUAAAAUUAUUAUAGGCAGCAGGCCUUGUGCAGAACUAAUCAACAUGUGACUUAAAACUAAGGUGUAUUUCAUUCAACUGCCUAAUGAAUAUACAGUAGUGUGUGUGUAUAGGCUACUAACAUGCAUAUAUGUGUUACUUGUAAGUUGUAUGAAUUAUUCUUAAGGAAUUAUUUCUUGGGAAAGCAAGAUGUUAGGUAUGUCAUUCUAUUUCUCAUAAUAUAAUACUGAUUUUCAUUUUUUUUGGAAACAUUUUUAAAUUAAGAAAGCUGCAUUAAUGAAAGUUUGUAUUCAAAGUAUUGUAAAUUCCUACACCCUUCCUACUGCAGCUGCUCAAUCCUGCCAAAGAGUUGAGCCUACGGAGACACUCCAGAAUGUUGUAUGAGAGAACUGGCAGAUAUAGGAGGUCCACAUUUGCACAUAUGGAAAUGUCUUCCACACAUUCAAGAAACUCCAUGGACUUAAAGCAUUUGUCAUGGGUCUAGAUCCCAUAUCUAUCCUGAUAAUUUUAUAUACCUGAUCCUGAGUUGGAAAUUUAUGAGGCCACUUUGCUGCUCACUGCUUGUUUUUUUGUGUGCCUAUACAAUGUGUGGCAUGUGCUGGUUUGUAGAUAUUUUUGUCUCCUAGCACUGACCAUUUUGUUUGAUAGAUUGACACUCUGCUGUGUGACAUCAUGGCAUCUCAUAAACUGGGAUGACCUCUGUAAAGUAGCUGUGGUCAUAUCUGCUUAGUUUUAGCUACAGAAAAGCUGGAAAGUGGUGAAGUUUGCUGCCUGUGUCCUUGAUGGUGAGACACUACUUGCUUAUUUUCGAAACAAAUAUUGACAUUUUCUGUUUGAUUUUAUGAGGUAUGUCUUUAAUAUAUAACCCAGUGAUACUGCUUGUACUCACAUAUCAUUCUCAAAUAUAUGUAGACAAACUGCAUUUUUUUUUACCACACAUUUAAUUUUAAAUAUAGUUAUGUUUUAAAGAGGACUUCCAAAAUGCCAGGUGGAACAAUGAAUAAAUACAGUGGCAUAGAGCAAAAAUGUGAACCGAGAGGAUAAACUUUAAUUCAGAACAGUUACAGGUUGGGGAUGCGGUCCUGUUUCUGCUGAAAUGUCCUUAUCAUCAGCAGAACCAGGAUUUUGUAUAUUACUUUUUGAAGGUAAAGCUGUCAGUAUAAGGGUGUUGGAUUCCAUUAGGUAGAUAUUUUUAAAUGUGUCUUUAAUAUUUUAUAGUCUUUCAGCCUGUUUCCAAUAUUUGCUGAACUAGCAAAUAGUGGUUGGACUAAGCUAACUUAGUUUAGGCUGUGGAAUAUUAUAUUGCACUUAUACAAUGUUAAAAUCAUGGUAUAUUGGAGUUGCAGGAAGAUACUAAGAUGACAGGUUUGGGGAUUUAUUGAUGUGGUCAGUUUUUCCUAGUACAUGGUAAUGUGCACUUGUAGCACUUAAACUAGCUUCUGUUAGUCUUGGGAUGCAGUCUUCUACUCCAGUAGAUUCCAGACACUUUGCCUCUUGGGAGUUCUCACCUGUUGACUAUUAUCAUAUUCUUGGGUGUACAUUUAGUUCAGUUAGGUUACUGGUUAGGUCUGUGUACAAACUGCUCUUGAGUGUGUGCUCAGAAACACACUCAUGCAUUUACACAUUGUAGAGAAAGAUAGCAUCAGUAUUAGGCAGUCUUUCGGGGAAGCUUUUAUACCACUAGGGAUCAUCUUGUAGGUAGGAUCUCUGAAAAGUUUCUAAGGAACUCCAAGGUUUCCUGGAACAUAAUUUGAAAACUACUGUUCUGUUUAGUUGAAAUUCUGGCCAAGUUUGUACUUUUGUUAAAAGGAGAAAGAAGAUGAUAAAGUUAGAGCCGCAGUGUCUAGUUGAUUGACCAGCUUGAUUGAUUGAAAGGUUUCCAAUUUGUUUUUAAAGGUGCCCUCACAUAGGAAGCAGAUAUUUUUGAAAAGUUUUAUUUUUAAGAAACAAGUUUUUUGUCUAUUUGUGUCUCAGUGAACAAGAUGAGGUGUGGGUUUUAAAAGAAAACAGGGUUCUUGACUCUCACUCAUGAAUGAAUCCAGUACUUCAAAUUUGUGGCCAGUUAAGAUUAGCUCUUGUGCAAUGCUUUGAAAGUAAUUAUGCAGGUUUCAUUUGUGUAGUAGUUCUUUAUUUAUUUUUACCAGCAGCUUAUCAGAUGUUUUGAGAAUUCAGUCUUGUAUAGAAAGUACAAUACAUUUUUAUAUAUGCUGUAAGCUGCCCAGAGUGGCUGGGGAAACCCAGCCAGAUCUGCAGAGUAUAAUUAUAAUUAUUAUUAUUAGUCUAGGAUUAGAGAUUUCCAUAUGGAAAACAACUGCAUGUAGGCUUAAUAGGAAAGAACCAUUUUUAGAAUUACCUUCGGAAGUAGGCUUGAUGUUUCACCAUCAUAUACAUUUUGCUAGUUCUGUAUAUGUUAGACUUUGGCUGCAAUACUAAAUGUGCUUUGAACACUGUGAAAUUUCUAUAUUAUGCAACAUUUUUGGCUGUGUUUUAUUGAGCCCUGAUUGUACCACCUGUGUAAGGUUCUACCUACAAAGAUCUUGCAGAGGCUGAAAUAGAACAUGGUUUGGGAGGGACAUUGGUAGAGGCAAUAUGGUCAAGAUUGGGAUGUCAACUUGAAUUCACAAUAAUUUCUCAUACUGCAUUUCUCUGCCUGUACGUACACACACACACACACACAAUGAGAAUGAGAAAAUUUGUGUGAGAGACAGACAGUUGCCCCCCUCAAUACAUCCCUUUGUAUGCUUAUGAAGAAAGUACCCCCAUCCCCUGAUGCAACUCUCUGCCUGAGUCUGCAUCCUAUGAACUGUUUCCAUGGCAAGAUGUCAGAGCAGGUCUACAAACAUGGCAACCAAGCAGCAACAGAACUCACUGGGAACCACAGAGGGAACAAAUGAACAAAUAGAAUACUAGCCCAGCAUCAAUAUAAAGGUACUGUACUCAGGAUGACAGACAGGUUGAGUAGGAUUGUGCUGGAAAAGUAGAUAAUUUGCUGUAAUAGGGAAGAAUUGAUGUGUUCUUUUUUCAGGCAUAGGAGGUACCAUAUUUAAAAAUGGAUGCAUUCUUUCUCCACAGGAGAAUAUGGGGGGGGGGGGAAUCAACAGGUUAUAAUAUUGAUAUACAGUAGGAAUAAACAUAAACUGGUCACAUACAGCACUUCAUUAAUAGUACUAUAAAAACAUAGUAUAAAAUGAAAUGGUAGAUGCAUUUUGUGUUAUUAAAGCGUAUUUUAAUCAUGCUGGUAUAACUGGAAUGAUAUCCUAUUGUAAUGUUCUGCCUUCGUAACAUACUUCCACUAGUGCAAAUGCCCUGCUUGCAACAAACCAUCUGCUUCAAAUGGUUGGAAGAAUCUAGAGCAGAUUGGUGAUACGGGGUUGUUGUUUUUUGGGGGUUGGGAUGGAAAGUCCUUCCCAUCCUCUGAUGUGAUGUUCAUUGUCUUCCAAUGAUCCAUCCCUACAGUAAUUAACAAUGAAGAUCUUGGAUCUUUAUGAUAUUCAGAACUAGGUUAUCAUAAAGGAAUGGUGAAAAUCACCUCAUCAAGCAGCAGAUUUUGGUGCUGCAAAGGUCAGCAGAUCCAACCUUGGGGCAUAAUUUAAUAGGAAAUUAUCUUAAGCCCCAUUCAAAUUGUAGUUGCUCAUGGUAAUUUCUUGGUGGCUUGCUUCUCACGUUACUGAGCAGGAUGUGGCUGGUGUCAUUUGGAUUCCCUACUUUAAACACUAAAAUAUCUUGGACCAGUCAUUGAUGUAGAGUGAUUUACUUCCAGUUGAGAAGGUAGGCAGACCUACCUUGCUGGUGGAGGACUGAAUUUUUUUUUUGCACAGUUACAACAAGCCUCAGGUGUGUCUUCCACACUAGGCAUGGAAAUGUUAGUUUGAAUUGGAAGUUAUAUGCAUAGAUUACUUUAUACAUAAGCCCUACUUAAUAAUGAAUGAAGCAGUCUGAUUUCUGAUCUGUGUCACAUUUAUAAGUGUUCACCCAUAAGUCUGUUACAUCUUGUGUGUGCAGGAAAAAAAUCUACUUCAAUAGGCAUUUCUGCACUUAUUUUCUCUGAAGAUAUGCCUUGCAUUGAAAACUAAGAGAACAUGUCGGAAGUGUGAAAGCCAAUGUACAACAAAGUUCUGGACUACAUAGUAUUCUUCAGAGGUACAGAUUAGCUCAAUUCAUGCUGGAAUCAAAUUCAAAGAUCAAAUUCCUUAAGAAUCUCUAGCCUAUUUGACCUUUCUGUCCAUUGUGGAGAAAACUUGGAGGACCGUAUGAGUAUUGUGGUACCUUGGUUUAAGAACAGCUUAGUUUAUGAACAACUUGGAUUAAGAACGCUGCAAACCCGAAGUAGGUGUUUUGGUUUGUGAACUUUGCCUUGGAAUAAGAAUGUGUUUCGCUUCCUGUUGAGUGUGUUCCAUUUGUAAAUUGAGUCCGCCGCUGCUAUGGGAAAGCACGCCUUGGUUUCAGAAUGCUUUGGUUUAAGAACGGACUUCCGGAAUGGAUUAAGUUCGUAAACCAAAGUACCACUGUAAUGCCUACUCACAUAGGGAGUUACAUGCAUAGACUCCAGUUUAAGAAGUUUCUAAGUGCAGUGGGGGAGUGUGCAUGAGCCAUGGGUGCAAUAUCACAUGUACAGACUUGAAUGCUAGAAUGAUAAUGUGAAGCAGCGCAUAGAUUAAAGAAGCCAGUAACCUUCAGUGCUGUGUAUUGUGUCAGAGCAGUGCUGUAUGUUUCUUUUCGUAGAUUUGGUUGAUUUGACAUUAUCUUUUUAAGCUGUUAUAGAUGUUACUUGCAGCUGUUAAAAAUAUAGAGAUAGAAGAAAGUAGUAAUUGAGGCUUAUAGCUAUAUAAAUGUAAUAAUGCAGUUGAUAUAUUUUCAAAUUUAAAAAUGCAUGCUUUUGGUACUGAAAAUACUUACUCUUCUGCUGCCUAUGACGAUUUGUUAUAACUCAUGAUUAUAGUGAGUGGAAUCAUGACUUAGUUGGUCUGAGUAAAGCAGCCAAAUUGUACUUAACAAAUCAAUACUGGGUUACAGGAAUGUAACCAUGAAACUACUGGUGCUGUGCCAAGAGAGGCUUGGGAGGAGUUAGUAAAUGUAUGGCUUGAGAUUUCUUGUAUUACUGUUAAUUGUUCUUAGCUAUGUUGAUUCAACAUGUAUUGCUUCCAAGGCAGCAUAACACGAGGAACCGUGAACAUGCUGUUAUCCAAGCCAAAAUGUGGCCUUGGAAACUUUAGUUACUGCAACAGUGACAAGCAAGGUAAUCUAACAAUGACAAUUCUUGAGAUCAAUAUCCCCUUCACUUAGUCUCCUUUUGCCACUGAUUUAUUGUAACCAAUAGAAUUGUAGCAUACAGAUGAAUAUUAAGAGAGUGGCGAUGACUGGUUGAAUUAAAUUUGUCAUAAUUAGUAGCUCAGAUGGGGCAAGACUGACUGUGACCAAUAUAAUCAUAGCAAUUAGAUACUCUAGUCAUUAAUAGUAGUUGAGUUGCUUGUUCCUUUUGAGUAUAGACUGUCGCACAAGUUUCAGCUAAUUUCAGCUGUUUAGAAACCUUUACAUGUUUAAGUUUACCAGACUGCAUCAUUAUGGAAACUUGUUUAAAGUGCUUUGAUUUUUAACAGGCUUGUCUUCUAACUGAGCAUUUUCAACUCAAAGAAUAGGGUUGGCAAAGUAUUCUCCCACUCUGUUUACAAGUGGGAAGUGCUUACACCAGAGGAGGGUGAGUUUCUAGGUUUCCUUUUCUACCUGUAACCUCUCACGUUGCCCUAAAUGAUGUUCUUGUAGGGAGAGGUUACCCUUCAAGAGCUACUUUCCAGGAGCACAGACUUUUUUGUCAACAGAGACUCGAAAAACUCAGUGCAUAUUUUGAAUCUGUCAUUCAGCCGUAUUAACUUAAGAAGAGCCCUGCUGGAUCAGGCCAGUGGCCCAUCUAAUCCAGCAUUCUGUUCUCGCAGUAGACAACCAGGUGACUGUGGGAAGCACAUAAAGAGCCUUUCAACUCCAAAGUUUGGAGAAAGAAUGGGGAUUGUUUUGCAGUUGCACAGUGAAUGUCCAUUGGGCAGCAGCAUCCAGGAGUGCAUGUUCUCAUAGUCUUUCAUUCUGUUGUAGACUUAUGCCUUUGAGCAAUGUUUUAUAGAGCAGCUUUGAACAGUUUUGUUGCCCAAAUUUUGUAUUGGAUAUAAAUGUUUUAAGCGUGAACAGAUUUAUGCUAAAGUAGAAUUAAUAUUUUAGAGUUGGAAAAGUUUCAUUAUUUUCAGUAUUGACAUGUAAAUUACUGAAUAAAUUGGACAUCAUGGUUUUUAAAAGUCCGUUUGAAAUUCUGGUUUUCCUGUUUCCAUCAGGAAUAGGACUAGGCUUCCUCAGUCUUGGGCACUGAUGGUAUUGGGUUGCAGCAUCCCAAUCAGUCCAAGCCAAUGGUUCUUGUAAUGCAACAGCAUCUGGAAUCCUCUGUUGGGGAAGGCUGCAACAGAUCGUCAGAAAACCCCCUCAGACUCUGAUUUCUAUGAAAACACAUUUUUGAUGGCAAUGUAUCACAUCACUGAACUGUCUUUAUUUUGGGGGGGAGGGGUCUAAUUGGAUUGUUUUUGUAUAUUCAUUAUAUUCUGAACUUGGAAGUCUGUUCUUAAUAUGCUUUUUAGAAACUUGUAGUUUUUCUGUGGCAGGCAAAAAAUGAUUGCAUCGCAAAUGACUUUAGUAACACUCCUGUGAUGGUAGGGUUCCGUCUCAGAAGGACUGAUUAUGGGAGAUGUUGCUGGAGUCUGUCUUUUCACUGCCUGCUGAGGCAAAUGUGUGUUUCCCUAAAGCUCAGAUUGUAAAAGAAGUAAUGAUUUUUGCAUAGUUCUUUUCCUGGAGAACUGAUUCGUCUAGAUCUCUAAUAAUGGGUAUUUGGUUCCAUUACGUCCAUGGAAAUGUACUCUCCAGUUCAUGGAAAAACACAAACUUCUAUGCAGUUAAGUUUCAGCAUUUGUGAAUGGGCGUUGAUGGAUGACUUACGAAGGUAUGAGCAACAAAAAACAGAGAAGGUUGUCAAUAUACUUCCUUAAAUAAAUCUAGUGUGCUCCUUAAUUAUGAAGGAAGAUUCUAGAGAUUAUGCUUAGUUAAAAUGUUUUGCAGAAUAACAAUGCUUGACUUUUCAGAGUUAGGGCUGCUGUGUUCAGUGGGGUAUACUGGGGAACCUGCAUCCCUCCAGAUGUUUUGAACUACUUCUCCCAUAAUCUUCUACCAUUGACAGUGCUGGCUGGGGCUGAUGGGGGUUGGAGUCCAACACAUCUAGAGGGCACCAUGUUGGCUAUGCCUAGGGAAUACACAACAGUAAGCGUGUUUCAGACUAAAGCCUCAGUGUAUUAACCAAAGAGAGAGAUGCCUUCCGCAUAGCAUAUCUUUUUGGUCUCAAAUGUUUAUGUAGUUAAUAUAUUUGUAUCUCUGAACAUGCAGUUGGAAUUGUGGCAGUGCCUUGCUGCAGGGAUCGAUAGGUUGUACAGGAUUAACAAAAUUAACAUGGUAUGCACAGCAGGUUAAAAAUAAUGCUUAAAAUAACAUUAUUUAAAUCAGAACCCAUGAAACCAGCUCAAUUGAGUGUGUUGUGGCCUCUGCAGUUCCCUGGGCUGCUUCAAAUUUACAAAGAAAAUUAAGCAAUCUCUUCUUACUUCAAAUCUCUUAUAAACCUGUUAGCAACCUUUAUUUGAUUUAUUUUGAAAGUGUCCCUUUUCUGAAAUAAAAAUAUAGCUUAUGUGCACCAUUUUACAUUUAGGAACUCUGGAAGUACUUGCAGUGAUGUUUUGUAACCAUGGGCAUUACUUGUUGGGGACAACAUUUUUAGACUUGAAGUUGUGGUUUGCUAACUUGAACAAAUGUUGCAAAAUGGAUGAGUGAGUCCAUGGCUGAUGACAGUAGUAUAUUAUCCAUUUUGGUGUUUGGGCAUUCAUCAGAAACAUGAGAAGGAAUGAUACUACUCAGAGUUCAAAAUUAGCAGGGCGCCAGGCACAUUUUUCGCCUAAAGAUUCUCCAUUCGUGAGCGCCUCAAAAAGUCUGGGUGCCAUUUUUUGCACCUGGUUGACACUCAAGGAUUCCUGGAAUGUAUGUUCUUUGAUGCCUCAAAGUAUAUGUUAAGGAGUUUAACAAAGUGUUUUGAAAACUGAAGUAUAGUACCAACAUUUUUAUUGUAAACACCUAAUUAAAUAUAUAUUAUCAAUUUCUGCUAAAAAUGUGAUAUUAACAAUGUGUCACAUGAGUGAAUUGUGUAUUAAUUAAUGCUUAUCAAAAUAAUAAAUAAAAAGUAUUGCCGACCCCUCACCUCCCGUGGUGACUAGACAUUCUGUUUUGGCGCCCACAACCCAGGUCCCAAAAGCCAUUUGGCUCCUGGCUUUUCUAUCCCAGUUUCUAACACUAGUACUACUUAGGAUUUGCUGUUUGGUGUCACUUUUCUGUGUUUUUUGUGUUGCUGAGAAAUGGCCACUUAACAUGCAGUUCAAAUUUCCAUAUUAGACUCCAGUCUUAUACUUGCUUAUAUGGGAGUAAGCUUCAUAGAACUCAGUGUAUGUGCAGAAAGCAUUGCAUUACAAAUCUGUGAAGCAGGGAAGUAUAUGGCAGUAGUGGGCCAACCUUUCUAACCAAUGCAUUUAACUCCACCUUUACAGUUACAUCUUAAGGUGGCAUAGCAAAAGAGUGAGUAGCAGUGUGACCAGUCCUUACUCAGAGUGAAGAACUUCCUUUCAAUCUUGAACUGCAAUUUAGUAUUUGCUGAUUAUUAUUAUUUUGGAUUUUUGUUCUGUUUUGUGUGGAAAUUCGUCUUUACAAUUGGGCUGGGCGAUGUAUCAAUAUAUUGUCCAAAACUGGUUUGAUGUCAGCAUCAUGGUAACGGUUUCAUAAUAUUCGACGUGGCAAUAUACAGUGGUACCUCGGGUUACAUACGCUUCAGGUUACAUACGCUUCAGGUUUCAGACUCCGCUAACCCAGAAAUAGUACCUCGGGUUAAGAACUUUGCUUCAGGAUGAGAACAGAAAUCGUACUCUGGCGGCACGGCAGCAGCAGGAGGCCCCAUUAGCUAAAGUGGUGCUUCAGGUUAAGAACAGUUUCAGGUUAAGAACGGACCUCCAGAACGAAUUAAGUACUUAACCCACUGUAUCGCGAAUCACAAUGUGUGUGUGCACUAUGUAAAAAAAUUGCCUGGUGCCUAAGAUGAAAGUAGGAGUUUCUAGGUAGAAUUGGGAUAAUAACUGAUGGAGACAUCUGAAGGCAGCCCUGUUCAGGAAAGCUUUUAAUGUUUGAAGUUUUAUUCUGUUUUUAGUCCUCUGUUGGAAGCUGCCCAGAGUGCCUAGGGAAACCAAGCCAGAUGGGCAGGUAAAAAUAAACUAAUAAUAAUAAUAAUAAUGGUGGUGGUGGUAUAUAUUCACUGUCUAAAUUAGAAUCUCUAGAUCAGAAGUUUUCAACCUUUUUGAGUCCAUAGCUCCCUUGACCAACUACAUUCCUUCUGUGGCUCCCUUGUGGGGAAACACACUCUAAGCCUCAGAAGCCUGGUUAUGUCACCCGUUGCCUGCAGAGCCAGCAGCCUCUCACCCCUUUUCAAAUGCCCUCCCUUGUGGAGUGUUCCUUCAGUGUCUUCUCUUCUCCUGUCUUCUUGGGAGCCCUCAGGGCAUCGCAGCCACCACCUCAAUCUCUGAGCCACCCCCCUGCCCCAAAGAGAGGUGCCUGCUCACACUGCCCCCCAGGGGCCUGGGAAGAGGAUGCCCCCAUCCUUACUGGCCCAGCAGAGACUGGUCAAAGGUGAACAUGAACCCGCGGCACCCCUAUCAUUCAAGGCACCCUAGGGUGCCACGGCACACUGGUUGAUAAUCACUGCUCUAGAUAAUUCUUCAACAUACAGUUUCUAAUAUAUAUGAAGUUCCAUGUAUUCAUAUUUAGUUAAAUAUUUAUUGCAUAAACAUUUAAUGCACAGCAUUUAGCAAAAAAUGAAUAUAUCUGUUAGACUGUCCUGUGGGAAAGACCACAUAAUAUUGCCUUUUGUAGCCUUCAGUGAAAAGAUUGGUCAGAGCUGAUUAUUCUUGAUUUUUAUAAGAGCUAAACGUGAAGAAACCAUAACUAGUACCUAAGGGAUUUUUAUUUUAUUUUGGGGCAAAGGGCUAGUUUGGUAGUUUAGUUGGUGUUUGGGAUAGACGAUAUUCAGGCUAUUUGCUUCUUUGAAUCCAAGCAAAGCAAUGCAAUACAGUAUUGACAGUUCAGGCAAUGCAUUUGCAUGAGAGAGGCUACAAAGCUACACAGUUCCUACAAUUUUGAAAUGUUCAGCCAUGUGAAGUUCUUUUUGUGGAGUUCAGUGUACUGGUCUUGUGUGCUCAGUCCUUUUGCCCUAUUUAUCACAGUAAUUGCUACCUCUCUAUGUUCCAUUGUGACCUCAAAAGAUAAAUUAGGAGCAUCCUGUUGAGUCAACAAUGUUGACAAUACCAUACCCUAAGUACUUAUAAUUCUGUAGAGAGGUGUCUUCUGUGGCUGCUUUGUGGCUAACAAAGUUUUGAUGGUCACCAAAGGCUGAACCUAAGCAUUUUUCAGAGUUGCUUUAAGAAUAUUUUUAUUUGAAUUAUUUUCAGUAGAUGAGGUUAAAGCAAUAGGAGAGGACAGCAAGUAAACAAUAUUAGAACCUUUGGAGUUCCAGCCAAUAUUUGUUCAUAAUAGAAACCAUACUCAUAACAGUAAUACUGAAGUUUCCUGGACAGAAAACUUCACUGAUCAUAAUUUGGAAUCUUUCAAGUUGACAGUUAUCUUACUGCAAAUUAUCCAAUAGCUUAACCUUUGACUGAACAUUUUUCCCCACUUUUGCCUCAGCAGACUUACCGUAUUUUUUGCACCAUAACUUUUUUCCUCCUAAAAAGUAAGGGGAAAUGUCUGUUCGUGUUAUGGAGGGAAUGCCUAUGGGUGGCAUGCCUACGGAUUUUCCUCCUCUAAAAACUACGUGCGUGUUAUGGUCGGGUGCGUGUUAUAGAGCGAAAAAUACGGUAUUCAGCAAAGUGAACCACAUUGCACUUGAUCCACAUUGUAUAUAAUGUAGAAGCCAACUCCUAGGGCUGAGAUCUCUUCCCCCCAUAAAAUAUUUGAGGAGGCUUCCCCAAAAAGUUGAUGAGCAUUGCCAAUCAAACGGGGUGUGUGUGCCAUGUCUUGUGAUCGAAUAUGCAGGUUGGGGCUUAACCUUGGCCUCCCAAUAUUUUAUUCAAGUUGACAUCCUGAUAUAGAACAUGCUUCUUACUCCAUAAAUGUGUGGGAUAACCAGCCUCAUAUAACCAACAUGUAUAAGUCUAAUUAAUGCAUGAAGGGGUUAAAACUACCCAGUAGUUCCUUAAGCUGUUUUUAAAUCAGCCUUCUUAAAGUCCAGAGAGCAUGUCCGACUACACUCCGCUUUCCCUUGCCAGUGUAUAGUGAAACUGAAGAGGACAUGAUCUUUUCUUCCCAAUGUUUCUGUACUUUCACUUUCUUGAUCAGUUCCUCCCUGUUGGUAAGAACCAGGUCCAAGAGAGAUUGACCCUCUUUUUGCUUCUUCCACCUUAUUGGCAGAGUUUGAGUUCCAAUUGAUAUUGGGAAAGUUAGUCUCCCAUGACUACUAUAUCUCUCCUUUUUGAAUGUUUGGUAAUCUGCUAUAGGAAUGUGUUAUCCAAGUCCUCAAUCUGUAUUGGAGGUCUAUUGCAAACACCCACAAGGUCACUGUUGUGUCCCUCUCCUACAAUUUUUACUCAUAAACUCUGAAUCUGCCUUCCAUGCUCCUAGUCGUGGAUCUCUUCACAAGUGUACACAUAUUUCGUAUACAAUGCCAUGCCUCCUCCCUUUGUAUUUGAUCUAUUCCUUUUGAAUAGAUCAAUUUCUACAUUCCAGUCAUGAGUCUCAUCUCACCAGGUUUCAGUAAUGCCUGUCAGAUCUUAUCUGCCAUAAUGUAUUAAGAGCUCAAGUUCUUCUUGCUUGUUUCUCAUGCUUUGUGCAUUUGUGUAGGUACAACUGAAACCACAAGUCACUCCUCCAUACACAGCUGCCUCUGUCCCCCUCCAUAGGGAAUCACCUUCCACGGUCACCACAUGUCUCUUCUCUGGGGAGAGGCAAUAAUUGUUCUGUACACUGAACACUGCCACCUUAGUGUGUUGUGAGUUCUGGUCUGAAUCUGACCUUUGUAAGUAAACCAUUUUAAACUUAUCAAAUGUGGUCUUUUUAUCCUUUUAUCAGAAAUGCGGUCUUCUUCCAAGCUAAGGGAACAAGCGAGUUUUGGAACUCACAAUGGCAUAUUUUAAAGGUCUAACAGCCUAUAUUUCCAUGCUUUACUUUGCUGCAUGUUUUGUUAUUUUAAAUCUGCUAGGUUACUCUCACCAAAAAGUGCUUGCCCCAAACUUGGAUCUUGGCAUGCAGGAAUUCUUCUUUUAUAUACCUAUUUUUUCCCUUGCCACCGACAAAAUAAACCCUUCUUUUUAUAGUGAUCUUCAGUGGGUUUAAGGGAAUUGUUGAAAGACACCCCCGUCUAUGAAUUAUCCAACAAUUUAUCUUGUUCUUCCCAGUGGUGCUGCUGUUUCUGGCUAGUGGUUCACAAGUAUGGAAUGGGGCAGGUAGGAUUCUGCCUCUUUUGGCUUGGUAUUUACUUUGAAGAGGGUAGGGUGUCUGUUACCAAGUUGGAACUAGUAUUAGUGAUAAUGGGACUUGCAAACUCUGUUCCUAAAUAGAUAAAUGGGCUGUAUUGAAAUUUAGUAUUAUAUCCUCCUUUUGGUACUUCAGUUUUUUGAAAUCUGUUGCUGAAAUUAGGAGGAUCGUGUGAGGCUGUGAGUUAGAACUGUGAGGAAGCACCAUCUGAAAUAAGAACUGGUAAAUGUCCCUAAAGGUGACUUGUAAAAAUGUACUGGGCAAGGUUAGUUGCCCCAGUUAAUAUUCCUUCAUGUGCUGCUUUGAGGUUUACUUUUUCUUCUUAAUACAAGGAUUGAGAUGCAUCUUAUAAGGGAUAAGAUGAAAAACAGAUAAGUUUGACAGAUAUGAUUAAACAGUUUAUCAUUUAAUUCAGACAUCAUGCUGCUUGAAUGCAAAAUCCUUUGUAAAACCUGUAAACCAUUGGUUCCCAAUUAGGGGUCCGGGGACCCCUGGGGGUCCAUGUAACACACCCAGGGGGUCCGUGGCACCAUCCCUUGCCAGAGACUCACUUAUCUUGUUAAUUGCACAGUGAAAGCCACAAAGAUGAUCCUCUGCUUGCGACCAAGGCCUGGCGCUUGCUGGCAGGGGCAAAACUUGUGAAAGAGUUGCUGGAUUGCAAGUGAACUGGGAUUGGGCAAAAACCUCUGACACAGUUUCUUAGGGCUCCUAUGAUUAGAGGGGGCACGUGAGCAGGAGAAACAUCGGGGCUCCCUAUAGCUGGGGUGGGCAGGGGGGGGGACUUUAGCAGAGCCUCAACCCCACCACUGGCUUGGCGGGGGCUCCAUAAAACUGGUUGGCUGAGGCAAGGGCAGCCAUGCGCUCCUCAGCCAAGGAGUUUAAAGAAGCGGAGGGAGGAACAAGCUGUAUCAGCGCCUCACCAAUACAGCUUGUUUCUCCCUCUGCUGGUAUGAGGGCAGAGUGGGAUGGCGGCUUCACUCAGCGCUAUAUCGCUGGCAAAACUGCUGCUGCUCCUGAGUCCCUCUGCCAGGGUGGAUUUGAUUUAAAUCACAAUUUAAAUCACUGGUCAGUAAGACUUGAUUUAAAUCAUUUUUUAACAGAAAGACUCAUUCUUGCUGGUAUAAACUUAAUAUUGACAACCAGAGGAAGGUUUCAUUUUUGGAAUAAUACAUUUUCAGAGUAGUUUUUACAGUUAUAUCAAAAAUUACUGAUUUGGUUAUACUAUUAGACCGAUAAUUAUGAAAUUAUUGUGAGGUUUAAUAAGUUAACUGUUCAUAUUUGGGCAACUUUUCUGCUGUACUUUAUUGGAAAGAGAAAAAUAAUUAUUUCCUUAAUAACAAUUUAAACAAUUUAUUUAACUAAAACAGUAACAUAGCAUAUGUAUCCAUGUUUGUUUGUUUGUUUUUAAAUAUAAUCUAUUAGUUUUCUAUACUUCAUACUUCAACUACAUAUAUUGUUAUAUUACAUUGUAUAUAGUUUGCUCCUGCGGGCUGAAUUCCCUCUGUGUAUCCAUGUUUGUUAACUGAUGUGGUAAAACAAUUUUUAAAAAACUUAGACUUGAGUUUUAGCACACAUGGAAAACUUAAAACAAAUCAUUAUUUCCUGAUGAAUAGCCUUUGGACUACAAUGUAACUUAAACAGAAAACUAUCUUUAGAAACUUCAAAAGCAUUUUAUUUUAAAAAUCCAAUUUAAAAUUUAAAAAAUCCGAUUAUAUUUAUUUAUUUAUUUUUAAAAAUCAUUGAUUUUUAUCCACCUGUCCUCUCCUACCAGCACAAGCUGUAGAGAGACAAGGGUGGUGAUGGUUUCACUUGAGGAAUUUAUCAAUACAUUGCCCAGGCCUUUUUAGUGCAAAAGGCAGCCUGUGUUGUCCCCCCACCCCCUUGUUUUCUGUGGGAAGCUAUGUGGAUACAUUUUGGGGUGGGAGAAAACAGAUGUAAGGCAGAAUCCUAAUAAAUUCAGAAGUUGGCUGUUCCUAUUGGGCAAUCUGCAAAAAUAAAAACCUCACUCCAUAUAAGUACUGUAUUUAACUAAUCUCUUUAAGCCAAAUAUUAAACCUGGGCACAGGAGGACUAAAUAGUAAUAAAUUACUACUACUACUAUUAUCAACAUUACAAAAUCCCAGCUGUUUUCAGUCUUCACCAAUACAAGCCCUGACCAAGCCUUCACCUAUGUCUUGAAGGCGCAAGAUCCCUCAGCAGAACCAUACGCUGCAAAGCUUUGCUAAGAUGUAUCAUAACAGAUUACAAGUAAGGAAUUGCAUGUUUGAAUACUCUCUCAUAUAAAAAGCCUUCUGCAUAUAGAACACUUGGAAGUUAGGGGCACAAUUUCUGUUUUAAAAAUUCAGUUGUAGUGGAGCAAUGGAGACAAGUUUUUCCUACUGUCUGGAGAUAGGCACUUUGUGAUAAUAUCACAAAUUUUAUGGUUUGUUUUUUGGUGCAGUAUACCUAAAAUCCUUUGCUUAUUAGGGGCCACCCCACAUUUUCUUCAAAGAAUUGCUUUGCACAGGUAACUACCAUAGAGUUAUCAAAAUUUUCAAAAGCAGGGGGUCUGUGACUUGGCUUUUGAAAAAUAGGGGGUCCUCAGUAAUUAGCUAAUUGGGAACCACUGCUGUAAACCAAGUUGCCCAGCUUCCAGUUCUUGAGGUCAGACCUGGCCACAGUUUGGUUUGAAAGCUUUAGUGAACAACACAGUGGCAGUCUUGAUAAGUGAGUCAGACACCUGGAAUCAUAUUACUGCAAUUGUAUGGGAUUUUCAGUGGCUCCAGAGUCAAUGUGCUACUGUUGAUUUAUAAAACGCUGCACAAUUCAGGAGCUUUUCUCCCAGUAUUGUCCUGUCAGGUUGUUAAGGAUGUUAAUAUCUGAAGGAGAGGUCAUUCUGUGUCCUACAUUAAGGGCUAGUGCAUUAUGUGAUGACUUGAGAACUGGCUUUCUCAGUGGUGGGCCCUGAAUGUGGAGUAUCUUCCUCUCAGAGGUUUGGCUGGCAUCUACAGUGUUAACCUUUGAGGGUAAAACAUGGGUAGCUCAGGUGGUUAAAGCAUGGUGCUGAUAACACCAAGAUUGCAGGUAUGAUUCCCAUUUUGGACAGCUGCAUAUUCCUGCAUUGCAGGGGGCAUGGACUAGAUGAUCCUCAUGACCCCUUCCAACUUAGAUUCUGUGAAUUUUAUUUUCCUGGUAUCCCAUUGAGAUUGUAUGAUGUAUGAUAAAUAGUAUUUGUUGUUCUGAAGCAUUUAAAUUAAUUAACUGAUCUGCUCCUUAUGCUUAUUAUGAUGAGUUUUGAUCUAGUAUUAGAUUUACAUUAUGCAUUUGUUACCUGAUCUGGGGUCAAGAAUGACAGAGGCUGGAAUAAGAAAUUCUUAUAUGCAACAUAUACAAAUAUAUAUGUGUGUGUGUAUAGUAUACAUGCAUGCACACAACACACAUGCAUAUAGAAGCAUCCUAAGCGAUUUUCCAUCCAGGCUGGACCAGACCUAGGUGGAAUCUACACACACACACACACACACACACACACACACAAAUAUAUAUAUAUAUAGAGAGAGAGAGAAUUUGCCAUAGCUCACCAUUGCCAUCUAGUGUCACAUUUGUAUUGCACUUUACAACACACUUAAAACGUUUUAUUUGCAGCUGUUUAGCAGAGUCCUUAGUUUGCCUUAAAUUUAUGUGCUUUCAGAACAUUCCUUACAUUCCACUAAAAAGUGCCUAGGAUGGCUUAUAAAAACAUAAAAAUUAUUGAAGUGCAAUUGUUUUUAAAAUUAAUUUGCAACUGAAAACUUUGUAGAUAAUCCAGUGUCUUCUUACUGCAUCCUUCUCUUACAUGUGCUGUUUUAGUCAUGGAUUUCCCUGUUAUUAUGCCUCCCCCCCCCACCUCCAUGGUUGGGUGUUUGCGUUGCUAUACAUGGGACAUUGAAUGAAUCAUGUCACCUGACUCCUGUGAAAAAGGUUUGAUCUAGUAUUAAUCCAGUGAGCGUGGUCUGGCGUUGUCCAUGGAGGAUAUUGGAAUGUGCUAACAGAUCUCUUCAAAGCAUGUUUUUGUUCAUGCUUCUACUGCUUUACAGGAGGCUCCUGCAGUCUCUCUUAGAAUUAAAAGUUAGGGCCAAACAAGGUGUGCAUUUGUGUGGUGUCAAAACAUGUGUUUGAUGGUUCAGCUAUAAAAUAGGUGUGCAAAGAUUGAUUUAUAAUCCUAAAAGGAGUGUCCACCCCCUCUUAUUGCUGAACUAGUGAGAGUGUUGUUUUUGAUAAACACUUUUGUGUCUGGUUUGGCCCUUAAAGACAAGUUGGUCCACUUAGCAUGUACAGUAAUGCUAAAGUACCAUGGUUUAGUGCUAAAUACAUGAACUGGAUGAUCCUGAGUGAAGCGUUGCACUCAUGUGGUCACCACUGGUUCAUUCUCUUUUCUGCAUGGCUAGGAAAAGUAUUUUACUAGGAUGAAGAUUCGCUUUUACAGAAUCGUGGCUUAUGAAUGCAGAGACCUUGGUUUUUAAGAGUCUCUGGAAAGUUUCAAAAGAAGCUGCUUAAAACUAGGUUUGUUAAACUAACCAGAGUUUGUUUUAACAAAUUUACUAAAGGUUUUUAAAUACGUGAUCUCUGGUUCAUUCAUUACAAGCCAUUCUGUAAAAACAAAACUUAAGUUUUGAGGAAGUCCCCCUAGAUGAGGGGAGGCUCAACUUCAUUGGUCUCAUUCCAGCACAUGCGUGUACUUUUACACAUGAUAUUUUAAUGUUCUGUACAAACACAGUUUGUGGUUUAAAUCUUACUCUGAUGCUGAUUCAGUAUGACCUAUGUGCUGCUGUGCCAUAAAGCCUUUAAUUCACCUACCUACAGCUUUUGGACUUGCCCAUGUACUUUAUAGGAAUUAGCAUACAGGCCAAAUUGUAUGUGGAAUGUAGAUGGAGACUUGGCUUUCAGCUAUUCUGCUUGAGGACUGGAGAAGGAACAGUUGCUGUCUGAGCAUAGUUAGGCAUUUUUACUGGUGUGGUGCUGGGGAGAGGAGCCUGGUCGGCUAAUUAGAGAAAUAAGAGCAGAGUGUUAAAUAUGUUCCCAUGUAAAAGUAUAAUUUUAAAUAAAGAGCAUGGUGGUAUUAGUGGAAGCUUAAUCAGAUACAUGUCAGGACUAAUACCUGAAAUGAGAUGAGAGAACCUUGUAGAUAAACCAAAAUAAAAUGUAUUCAACCCAACCUUCAUGUGCAGUACAGUGGUACCGUGGGUUACAGAUGCUUCAGGUUACAGAUGCUUCAGGUUACAGACUCCGCUAACCCAGAAAUAGUACCUUGGGUUAAGAACUUUGCUUCAGGAUGAGAACAGAAAUUGCAUGGUGGCGGCAGUGGGAGGCCCCAUUAGCUAAAGUGGUACCUCAGGUUAAGAACAGUUUCAGAUUAAGAACGGACCUCCAGAAUGAAUUAAGUUCUUAACCUGAGGUACUACUGUAUCAAUGUCACUUUGAAUCACUGUGUACUACAGCACAUAGAAAAUAAAGUGUUACUUAGUUUUCCUAGUGCCCCUAACAAAGAGUGUAUUUGAAACACAUUGGGUUGAAUCAAUUAUAUUUUUGCCUCAUUUCUGUAUUAUUGCCUUCCCUCUUUUGGCUGUCUGGCUACAGUUUUAUGAUUAUAAAGCAUUGGUAUUUUUAUAUCAAACUUCUAAACUGAACAAUAAAAAGUUAAAGCACAGCUGUGAAAUUCUGAAUAUUGGAACGUGUCACUUCUGUUUUAUAAUACCUAAGGUUUGAAUUUAUGAACACUAACUUUCCAAAUUUACUAAAUUGUAGCAUCGUUCACAUAUUAUAUGCUUUAGAGGCCUAAAGGAAUGGAAUCCUCCCUUCCACUCAAGCAUCUUUUGUCAUUCAUGUGCACAGGCAGUGUUUUUUUUCUUGGGGGACGACGACGCAGAGGUAUGCAUACCCCUAAACAUUUUGUUAAUCUAAGUUUGGCCUCAUUGAGGGGCAGUAUUUCAAUAUGAGUAGGAAAAUGAGCGUACCCCUAAACAUUUUUUUAGGAAGAAAAAGCACUGUGCGCAGAUAUAGGUAGAAAACACUAGAAACAUUUGUUUUUGUCUUGGUAUUACCUCUGAGGGUGCGCUGUAGACCUUUGCCGAUGCCUAGGUAUCCAAACUGACUAAGAAUGACAUAGCACCUCUAAGUAAUUACUAUGCAUUAAACUGAUAAUCCCUUCCUAAUAUUUACUUGCUAGCUGACUUUAAUGAAACUAUCCUUGUUCCCACAUUGCUUCUUUAUAGCCUACAAUGGAUCCAUCUAGGCUGGUUGUUGUUUGUGCAGUCUGCUACAGCAAACUGUACAGUUGGUAUAGUCCAGAUUAUCUUCUCUUUUUUUAAAAAAAUGAUAUUUAUUGAGAAUUUUAAGAUUACCAAAAAAAACAAUGAAGAAAAGAAGAAAAAAACACACAGAUAACAAUUAAACAAUACAAAUCGAUAAAAGUCAAAAUCAAAAAGCAAAAUACAUCAAAAUCAAAAAGCAGAAACAAAAAAAAAUUAAAAGCAGAUCCAGUAUUCUCAAAUCCUUAACUGUCAUUACCUUAUUUCAUCGACCUCCUCACACCUCCAUUUUUUGUAUUCUAGUUGUUAAUUAUCUCAGCAAAUCCUUUCCAUUUUUCAUAAUAUUCUGUCAUUAAAUUACCUUAAUCUAUUUUAGCCUUAUCUUACCAUAAAAAACCCUAGAACUUAAAGCUUAAAUCUUAUUUAUACCAAUUUCUCAUAACCAUAGCAUAUUCUUACAUAGUUCUUUUUAACAUUUCAGCUAAAGACAAAUAAUUUCGUUCCAACAUUUUUCUAAUACUCAUUAAUUUUACAAAACAUUCCUAAAUAGAAUUUUUAAAACUUUCUUCCAAUCUUCAUCCACGUCUCUUCCUCCUGAUCUCGGGUUUUAUCAGUCCUUUCUAUCCCAUCCAUCUAGUUCAUUAACCUGGUAACCUUAUGUCCGAGGCCUUAAGUCUCUUCCAUGUCCCUUCCGCAGAUCAUCUUCAUAUUUAUACCUGUACUUUACUUUGUCUUCUGCUCCUUUCACUCGUGGAGACUCCAGCUUGACAAUAUUUUUGUCCCUUCUCGACAGAUCAGCCCCUUUUCCAUAGUCCACACUGAACUCCACGUGGUAUUUAAAAGCAUGUUUCAAGGUCCCUCCAAGGUUGAGGACCCCCACAACUCCAGACUCCUCCCGGCCCAACGCCAGAUUUGAAAAUUCAAAACAUCCCUGCAUAGGGGGGGGUCUAUCCAGCCCCCCAUCUCCAAGCCGAACAAGACUCUAUCUCUCCAAAUCUGGCUUUUUCCAGGUUCAUUCGUCAGAUCCAACAACUCAUGUUCCUGCUGGGCCACAGUUCCCUCCAUCUCUGCCUCCCAAGGUCCAGCCACAACCUCCUCCCUCAUCUGAUCUGUCAGAGCACACUCCUGGAUUGAUUCCUGAGUGGGUUCUAUAUAGAUACCCACUACCUGUCCAAAAUUUCUGAUCGCAUCAGUCAUCAAAUCCGUCUUCUCAUGUAACUGUUCCAAUAAAGCACUUGUUUUGCAGAAAGCACGCACCAGAGCCUCCGAGUACAUUGUUGUGCAAGGUCAAAGUCUGAUCCCACGAUCUUAAUCUAUUGCAGCUGCAAAGCUCCCCAGUUCAGAUUAAUAACAGUUUCACAAGCUCCCUCUAGGGGAAGAACUUCUAUUUGUAUCCAUCUCUCUCUCUCUCUCUCUCUCUCUCUCUCUCUCUCUCUUUUAAGCAGAUCUAACAACAAAGUUUCCUUUUUCAGAUAUUUUGUCAAUAUUUUGUUCCUUUUAGCUGCGAAGGAGAACAAUGGAAUCACUAUGUUUCUCUUCUUUUAACUAUCUGUCAAAAACGUUUGUCUAUAGUCAAUGAACUUCCCGAAAACGUCUGUCCUGACACCCCGCUCCCAGGUUCAAGACGGUGGAGAAUUGCUUUUCUUUACACUCUCUUCUGCAGGUUUAAACAGUCCAGAAAAAAUCCCCCCUCUUCUCCUGCUUCCAAAGGGGGUUCAGUAAUUUUAAAUGAUGAAAGUUGAUCCUUUACAAACGAUUUUUCUAAACUCUAGCUUGCCAUGUCUUUGCUUUAAUCUUUCUACAAAGAGCGGAAGGCUGACUUCCUGUUUAGACCUUCCCGCUUCAGUGCCAAAUUAAAAGGAAUUUCUUAGUCCAAUUUUCCGUUCUACUCACGGGUCGUUGUUUAGAGUCCAAUUGUCCAAAUUUAACCUACUCACGGGUAGUUGUUUUUGUAGCCAGAUUGUCACAGGAAAAAGGUAGCGCUCUCCGGUAACGGCUGUGCGGCUUCGCUCCACGGAAGAAGCAGUUGACUCUCAGCACCGCGCCGCUUGCCCCGCUUCGCUCCGGAGCCCGUAAUUGGGUUCCUUUACAAAUUGGGGGGGCGCGAAAGGUGUCCGCCGAGUCCCACGGUCACAGGCUUCACCCGCCUGUGAUUUUUUAAAGGGUCCCCGCUUCGCCGUAGCGGAACAGACCCGAUUUCCGUAGAGCCAGUCCCUCCGGAUCAGAGGGAGUCCGCCAUUACCCAUGGCGCCACCCCGGAAGUCCCAGAUUAUCUUCUCAAUGGAGAAACUUUUUAGUGUAGAAAUUGUCUCAGUUGAUCUGGAAAGAGAAUCAUCUGGGGUCAAGUGAUAUUAUUAUACAGUACUGUUAAAGCCAACAAUGUCUUGCCUAAUCAUGCCUAUAUUGGAGACUAUCUGGGAGUUCCAUGCAAAGCUUUCUACACUUCCCAAAGGAACCAUAACAAAACCCAUUGUAAGAUAAAGUAACAAGUUAAAGGGGGGGGGGACUUAGCAUUAUUUCUGAAAUAUGACAAGGGUAGCAAAAGCGUGCCUGAUCAAGGAUUAUACCAGCUUCCUUAAUGCCACCCAAGCUAAUUGCAAAUCCAGUUUAGAAGUGAAUGUGCUUGAUACUGGUGCAGAAAUAACUUAAAUUAUCAUUCUGGUUAAUUGACUGAUCAAAUAUUGGUGGGGUACAUAUGAACCCUGGUCACACAUUCAGGUCAGUGUUGUUUCAUAAUAGCAAACCAAUUUGAUUAACUUUGUUUACAUAAUGCUGAUGCUUUAAAAUGUGUGACAUUUUUUGACAAUGAAAAUGUUGACAGUUUGUCAAUACAGUGGGACCUCGGGUUAAGAACUUAAUUCAUUCUGGAGGUCCGUUCUUAACCUGAAACUGUUCUUAACCUGAGGUACCACUUUGGCUAAUGGGAUCUCUCGCUGCUUCUGCGCUGCUGCUUCUGCACAAUUUCUGUUCUCAUCCUGAAGUAAAGUUCUUAACCUGAGGUACUAUUUCUGGGUUAGUGGAGUCUGUAACCUGAAACGUCUGUAACCCAAGGUACUACUGUAUGCUAGGCAUAACUAUUAACCAUGGCUUAGGGCGGUGGCCAGGAAGCACAUAGUUCAAUGGCCUGCUUCCUUAACUAUGGUUUUAGGGACUGACCCUUGAUUUUGGUUGCAUAUUAAAGCUGAAAAAUCAUAUUUAAAGAUCUUAUAUAGUGGUUUUACAUUGGUUUGCCUAGUUAGAAUUGCACUGUUAUGCUGCUUUUCUAAAAUUAUAAGAUGGGAUUUUAAAUCUUAAUUUCAUAAUGGAAUGUCUGCUCCAAAUCAUUUAAUGUAUAUUUGUGCUGCUAAGAGAUUUGUUCAUACACUCAAAAUCUAGGCUGGCCUUAGGGGUGGUAGAGUAGGCAGCUGUCUCACAUGUUGAAAUGAAGGGGACACUGAGCUAAGCUUGGUGUUGCGUGUACCAUCUAAAGUGAGCCAAGACAAAAUAAACAAAAAUGCAGUAGCAUGCCUUUAACCUUUCUUUCUCAGUUUUAACUUCGUCAUUUGUUCUAGAUAAAAAUCAGCCGAACACAGCUUGAUACUGAGGCAAUGAAAGAUCAAGUUUCAAAACUGGAUAAUGUUGUAUUUAUAUUUUCAAAAAGAAAAAUACAAAUAAUUUGUCCAGAACCAUGUAGCAAAGCAUUCUGUGGUAGCAAAGUAACAAAUCUACCUAUUGAUGCUGAUAUACCUUCAUCACACCCCUGCUCUAGUGUGACUUCCAGUAGAUCAGCGUAGUUUUUUUGCUCUCCAUUGUUUAAUAAUAGCAGUACACACACACACACACACACACACAUGCCACCGCCACUGUGCAAGAUUCACCAGCCAAAACUAAUGAAACCUAGGAAGGAAAAGGAGUGGAUUUUUGUAUGGAAGGACGGUGUACUCAGUUCAGUUCUGGUACUUUGAACAAAUUACUUUGUUCGGAAUUCUUUAAUUCUAACUGUAUUUCUUUUACUCUGGGUGUUGGGUAUCGGGGUUCUAGUAAAAACCAAAGUUGACCCCACAAGCCUGAAGUCUGUUCACCCUGAAUUAGAGAGGUAGCACUAGGGCCCCUUUUAUGAACAUUGCUUGGAAAGUCUAGAUGCAGUUGGCCACUAUCAUUGUUUGGUUUUUCUAACCCGCAUAAGACACAAAACUUGUCAACAUUACAAAACUAACCAUGGGGGGGCACUCCUCACCUAUUUAUCCGAGGGCAGCCUUGCUCAGAAUCUCAAUUUUCUUUCUCUUUGAAUGAAGGGGCCAGAAACACAAUAUGGGGGAGCCAGUGAUGCCUAAACCACAAGUGGUCAGCAGCUAAGAACAGUUAAUUGCCAUUAAGAACAUAGGAAGAGCUCUGCUGGAGCAAACCAGAGAUCCAUGUAGUUCAGUAUUCCGUUUUCACAGGCACUAACCAGAUGCCUCUGGGAAAACCACAACCUGGGCAUGAGUGCAAUAGCAUUUUUCUGUUUCUGAAUUGCCUGAAGCUGCCAGAAGGAGAGAGUUGGGGAGUAAGUGGGCAACAGAUGAGAUACUUAAAAAAUAAUAAUUAUAUUUUAUUAAGGUGAUUUUAGAUAAAAGAAAUAAAGUAAUACGGGGAAAAAGAAGGAAAAGUGAGAGGGAGAAAACAACAGCAUAUAAAAGUAAAAAUAUGCAAAAAAAAGAGAGAGCAAUAUUCAAUAUUACCAUACAUUCUUGUAUAAAUUGGUAUGGUGUUAUUGUCCUAGUGCUUAUGUAAAUGUUAAUAGCCUACUACAUUUUGCAUAAACUCGUUCCAAGUGUUAACAUAUUUAUCCAUACAGAAUCUAUGUCUGUAAGCAGUCUGUUCCUAAAUUGUGAUUGAUGUCAAAUCAGUCCAUUGAUUGCUCGAUAUCAAUCUCUUGGCCACCAUUAGGGCCUGGAAAAUCCAUUUCCGUUAUCCCGUUGAUAAUUUCCAUACUGUAGGUAUAAAGUUCAAUAAAAUCUCCGCUGAAAGAUUUAACUUUUUCUGCAGAGUCAUAGUUACACUGUUGAGCACUUUCUCCCAAAACUUGUUAAGUAAAGAACACUGUACAAACAUAUGUGUCAGAGAGGCAUUGUCCUUGCCACAUCUCCAACACUGAGCUAUCUUAGCUAAUCCUUUCUUAUUCAACCAUAAAGGAGUCCAAUAAACUCUAAAUAUUAUUUUCUGUUAUAUUAGUCUUAAUUUUAAAUCUAAUGACACCUUAGCUAUUGAAGCUAAUACAUUUUCCCUUUCUGAGUAAUAUUGAAAGUUCCAAUUCUUUAUUCCAAUCAUCACUUACAGUCUGCAUAUUGAACUUGUGUAUUGUUAAUAGAUGUCUAUAAAAAAUAAUUGCUGGCUUUUUAUUUUUGAAUGAGUUGUCCAAUUGCUCAAAUAUCUCGGUUAUCUCGCAAGCUGAAAGGGCUGAUGGCCCAAACACACUUGUUAGGAGAUGUUGUAAUUGAAGUUACUGCCAUUGGGCUGCAUCUGAUAGAUGCUAUUUUUGUCUUAAAACAGCAAAAGUAUAAAAUUCAUCUUCCCCAUCUAUCAGUUGAUCUAAUGUCAAUACACCUGCUUCUAUCUAAUUUUUCCAUAUCAUCAUCUUUUUUGCAAUUCUUAAUAUGGGGUUUCCCCACAAAGUAAGUUUAGUAUGUGAAAAUGGAUCAAAUUAGUUUCUAUUAGCCAAUAUAUUCCAUGUUCUUCUAAAUGAUUUAAUUGUUUCCAGAGUUACCUGAGAUUUCAAAUACUUUGAUCUUAUUAUGGUCUAACCAACCGAAGAUGCUAUGUGCAUAUAUUCUAGGGUUGCCCACACUGGAAAAUUGGGGCCAGCAGUGGGCUUCCAGUAUUUAGUACUUGACAGUAGGUAGGCAUAAUAAUAUAAUUCCAAAUUUGGGAUUCUGAAGCUGCCUUCUUUAAUUUGUAGCUGCGUUCUCUGCAAGGAUAUCUCUGGUGUUGCUGAGCCUCAAAGGCAUUUCCUAAACAAUGAGUUUAUCUUUUGAAAAUAUGAUCCAGAUAUAAAAACUGGAAGUCCUCUCAGGAUAUAAAUGAGUUUCAAGUGAUCGUUGUAUGUUCUGUGCUUGACUGCAUGUGCUGAAGAUGAAUAUCUGUGAUAAUCCUUGCAGGAUGUAGUUGAAGGAGAAGAGGCUAGAGCAGAGCUUUCCAAACUGUGUGUCAUGACAUGCUACUGUGUCAGCUGCAGUGUGUAAGUGUGUCGCAUGAAAGCUCCCCGCGCUCCUCCUGGGGCUGGGAAGGGGUUAAUUUAACCUCUGGUUUGCUAGUAAAACUGAAUUACUGUGUCAUGAAAUGAUGCAUGUAUAAAAAGCGUGUCACCAACAUGAAAAGUUUGGAAAGCUCUGGGCUAGAGUUGGGAAGUCACUGCAGCUAGGAGCAUGAAACACAGUCAAAGAGACAAAAAGGUUUGCAAUGGUAUAUGAAACGAGUUUUUCUGCGGCCAUUUUUAUUUAAUAUUAAAUAUAUCUAUAUGAUUCAUAUCAAAGUUCAUGAUUGGAAGGAUUGCUUAAUGAAGAACUUGAGGGGAGAGGUAGCUGAAAAUGGAAUAGGAGCAGUAGACCUCUGAUAGUAGAUGAUUGUAAACUCAUACCUUGCUUGUGAGCUUUUCACAUGCUAGAGUAGUUGAUACUCAUCCCAGAUAGUUUGUACUCCUGAUGUAUAGCAGAUAGAGGAAGAUAGAAAUAGGAAAACUGGAUUAUGCAUGGGAUAAAGUUUAAAGAAGUCUUUACUGUAUUGUGGUUUCUAUUAUCUGCUUGUUAUUGAUAUCUCAUAAAUAAUAAUCCAAUGUGAGAGUGGCUGUAAUUCUCCUCUUAUGGUUUUCUUUCGCUCUUGAAUUGAUCAUAGAAUGUUAAUUGUUCAUUUCUGAACUCAGAAAGCCUAGUUCUAAAACAGGAUUCAGUGGAAUAAAAACACCUGUACACUAAGCAUUUUUUUUGGUACAGUGGUGCCUCGCAAGACGAAAUUAAUCCAUUCCGCGAGUCUCUUCGUCUUGCGGUUUUUUCGUCUUGCGAAGCACGGCUAUUAGUGGCUUAGCGGCUCUUAGCGGCUUAGCGGCUAUUAACGGCUUAGCGGCUAUUAACGGCUUAGCGGCUUUAAGAAAAAGGAAACAAACUCGCAAGAACUCACAAGACGUUUCAUCUUGCGAAGCAAGCCCAUAGGGAAAUUCAUCUUGCGGAACGACUCAAAAAACGGAAAACUCUUUUGUCUAGCGAGUUUUUCGUCUAGCGAGUUUUUCGUCUUGCGAGUUUUUCGUCUUGCGGGGCACCACUGUACUGGGAUAAUGCAUCAGUUCAGAUGACAUCCUUAAAGUACCAGAUCCAGGUGCUCUUGGAGGAAACUGAUUUUUUUAGAUCCAUUUCAGUUGUGGCUUAGGACUGGUUUUGGCACAGAAACUGCUUUGGCUGCUGUGUAUGAUUACCUUUGUCAGGAGAGAGACAGGAGAAAUGCAUCCCUGUUAAUUCUCCUUGACCUCUCAGCAACUUUUGAUGCCAUUGAGCACAGAUUUUGAUUCUGGAGCACUGCUUUGCAGCAGUUCUGGUCUUACUCUGUGUUCUUGGCAACAAAAGAGCUGGCUUGGUAUCUUACUACUAAAAGCUUUUUCUUCCAAUUUUUAUUUUUAUUUUAAAAAGUAGUAAUAAUAAAUAAAUAAAAAAUUCAAAAAUUUCAAGACCUCUUGCAACGGUUUGACCCCUUUCCAUUUUAACAGUACAAAUUCUACAAAUACUUCUGUAUCUCCUCAGAAGCAUUUCUCCUGCAUAUUCCCUGUCCUACCUUAAUUGCACGUUAAUUUAUCAUUAACACCUAUAUCCCACACCUCUUUAUACCGUUCUUCCAUUUUAUAUUCACCUUGCCCCUUCCACUUCCUAGCUAUAAUAAUUUGUGCAGUUGUCAAUAAAUUUGUGAGCAAAUCCUUGCUAGCCUGCAAACCUUCCACCCCAUCAUAAAUUGAUAAUAAUAAGUUUCUUAUUUAUUUCCAUGAUACUUAUGCCCAGGUAGGGCAGCAAUUUUGUGCAUAGAAAUAAACCCUGUUGUCUUGUAGGACUUAAUAUCUGAAGAAAUAUGCAUAGCAUUAGGGUGUAAAUGACCUUAAGGCUGGAGUGUUAGAUCUAGACUUCAAAAACGGGCUUUCAAAGGUAAAAGAUUAUUUUCAACUUUAGCACCUACAUACUCAUAACUUAAAGACUGUUCAUUCAUUAACCUACACUUCAUUAUUAUUUAUCAGUGCUGAAUUUUGUGACUAAUUAAACUAUAAGGUUAGCAGAGUUAAUAAUAAGUAUAUUCGUGGUCUACAUAUUAUUAUAUAAUACAAGACACAUUCCACCUCAGACAAUAAUUAAAAUAUUUUUUACCUGUACCAGCACUGGAAAACAUUUAACACUCAUUCUAAAUAUAAAAUAUUGUUUGAAAUAAUAUAAAGCCAGUCAGGGAAAGAGGGAGAUACAGUUGUGGGGAAUCAAAGUACUUCUUGAUUCUAUAGCAUUGAUUUCUAUUUGCUAAGUGUCCUUUAUCAUGAUUACCAUAAAUCUGAGUAAAGAUUCCAUCCUUGAUUUCUGUAAUGUUGUGCAUGCAGAAUCUGUUUUUAAAUUUCUGUGCUACAUAUAAUUUUUUGUCCUUCCUUGCCUCCAUUUUAUCACUUUUGAACUUUACAGAACCUUGAUGCCUUUAAAAACUGCAUGAUGGGCAGAUACCUUCCCAUUAAUUUGAGUGGGUAUACCACUCAUAGGGUUAGUUGGGUCUUUCUACUCUAGCAGACAGGAGUAUACUUUUACCUCCUAUCAAGUAUAUUUCUGCGCUGCUUGAUACCAUAUCCUUGAAUCUUUCAAAGUCCACUGUGUCUACUGCAAGGCAAGAAACAUAGAUCUUAUAAGCCUUUAGGAGCAUGAUAAUAUUAAUAACACUAUUAUUUUUUAAUUGCCUUCUACACAUCAAGGAGAUGUACAAAAUGUAAUAAAAACAGUUAAAUAUAUAAGUGGGAAUCCUCAUGCAAAUUAAUUGGAAGUCAUCUAUACCUAUCAUGCAGCUUUUAAAGGAAAAUAGGAAAAAAUAUUUCAUGCAUAAAAGAGAAGGGAAGGGUUUUUUAAAUUAUUUUGAGCUCUGGGGUGUACCUUGGGAGCUGCUGACAAUUGGGAUGGGUAGUGCUAACUAACCAGUGGUCUAAGUUGCUAAAAGCCAACUUCAUAUCCAGUUCAGGUGCCACUAACAUUUUUGGCCCUAUAGGCACAUUUUGAACUUAAAGAAACUGUCAUGGGCAUUCCUUCCUCUUCUCAAAAAAACAUAACCAGCCUAGGCAACAUUCCCCCCUUCAAAACAAAACAAAACACCACAAAACCUUGUAAGACAACAGUGGCCCCCUAUUUCCCCUUCUGCUUAUCUGUUAAAAAUAACAAGCCAUAUUCACACUCACAAUAGGCUGCUUAGCUUGGCACCCUGGAAAGUAGAGUCGUAAUUCUAGCUGCCUUGUCCUCUUUCUGUCCUAUUCUAAGAAUGCCUCUGAGAAGGAAGCUUGCCUCCCCAAGGUUUUUAGAAAUCAGUUAAAAUUAAAACUUAGACAGGAGGCCUAGGGGCCUACUACAUUGCUUGCUUCUUCCAUUUUGAUACACUAUAUCAUAUAUUGCUAUAGGUAACACUUAGUAAAUUUUACAACAUGGAAACCUUGUUUUCUCCUCUUCAAAUAUAUGUUUCUCUUCUUUUGAAAGAGAACCUCAUGUACCGAGUGCUUCCAAAACUUCUGUAUUCCAGCAGGCAUACUCUUAAUUUAUUGCAAGGUGUCUUCUAGUUGCUGUCCUUAAGGGAGACGGAGGGAGUGAAACAAGAUUGGGACCAGAAUAUUAUCCUAAACUUCAAUUUGAAGAUUAGAAACAAUCCUCUGCAAUUCUGAGUUGCUCUGCUGGGUCUGUCCCUUAAAUCUCUUCUACCUGAGAUACAUUUAUGAUACCCAUAUCCUCUGGUUGCAUAGAUGGAGGUUCCUUAAAACUUCCACCAGGACCUCAGUAACUUUCACCAUGCCAUCAGUCUGAGCCUAGACCAGGCCACGCUGUAGGUUCAUUUUCUUGAGAUGACUGUGCAGCUACAUAAUGGAUAUGUAAGCACCACCUGCAGAUAGCUUGCAUGUUUCCAGCUCUCAUAGAGAACACGCCACAAAAUCCAUUGUCAUAUAACAGGAAUAGGGAACCUGCAGUCCUUCAGAGGUUAUUGGGCUCCCAACUCCCAUCAGUUCCAACCUGGAUGGCCAGUGGGCAGGAAUGAUGGGAAUGUAGUCAAACAAUAUCUGGAAGGCAACCAGGUUCCUCAUCCCUGGCAACCAGGUUCCUCAUCCCCAGUCUUUGGUCAAGCCAUACAACCACAUCUGUUCAAAUGCAUCAGACAUACUUACAACUUAAGGGUUUGUACAAGCCAUUUCUUACACUAAAAUACCUACCCAGUGUAAGUGAAGCAGCACGUUAUCAAAGACAGACUGGUGCUCAGAAGCAAUCUGUUAUGGAACAGACCAGAGUUGCAGUGAUAGAACAUUACUUGAUGUUGCCUAUAGCUCCUAGCGAAAACCACCCAUACGUAUUCUCAGUCAUCUACAGCCCAUCGUGUACAAUGACAAUUCCUUCUUAUGGGCCUUGCUUACGUAGAAGACAUCUCCUCCAAUAUAAAAUAGCAGCAACACUGGGUCAUGGUUUAAAGUCACAAACCCAGGAACACAAUCUGCAGCACACCCACAUGUAACCCACAUGUAACACAGAACAUGUAAAAGAUAGCUAGUCAUCUCAUGGUAAUAAAGACUGAUAUCCCCCCAUCCCUCAGUGCAUGCUUAUAAGGAGUGCUGAUAACCAGGUAAUGAUAACUGUUCUAAACACAAAGUAUGCACAUAUAUCUAUAUAUCUAUAUCUCAAAAUUUUAAUUCUGUUUAAAAGAAAAUGAAUGAUAGUGAACAUACAUUUUUUAAAAAAAGAUUUAAACCAACAUACUUAAACACUCUUAAAACUAAAUCCAAUACUGUUAUCAACAGCACCGUUGAAGGCUUCUAACCUGGCAACUUUGUGCUAUCUGCAGGGUUAAAAAUCACAAAUCUGUUAGGUCAUGUGUGCCUAUAAUAUGAAAAUACUAAUUUUUAAAAACACACAUAAUCAUUAAGGCGCCUGGUUAAUCAAAAGGCUUAUCAGCACAAAAUUAUUUGACUCUGGGCGAGGGAUAUGAAGGCAGAAGGAUACGUUUGGCAGACAACUUGGGAUUCCCCGUCACCUGGUUACCUCCAGUGUAGCAGAACAUUUUCUGUAGGGAACUGUGGAGGUAGUAUUAGCUGCUUCUCCUGCCUUUUGGUUUUCUUCUGCAACCCUUUCUCUGCAGCUAAUAGGUGAAAGGAGCCAAAUGAGAGAUUUCAAAGGGAAAAUACCAAAGAGAGAUACAUCCUUGCAAAUGUAUUCCAGCCUCUGCUUUUCAUGUUACAGGCAACCCCGCAGGAUUGGGAAUCCUGUGUUCAGCUGGUCCCCUAGUACCAGUCUAGACAUAGUGCCUGUCUUCUCCCAAAUACUUGCCUCUCUGGUUUACAGCAUUUUUUAAAUGCGAACUCUGGCUAGCCUGUGUUUCAUGUUAUGCCUCUGCUGAAUCUGGAAAAACUUAACAGAGAAGAAUCCUCUCUUGCUCCACCCUUCCCAUUCCACCAAAGUAUUUUCUGGCUUUGUACAAUGGCCAGUUCUGGAUGAUGUAAUGGAAGUUUAUUAUAGCAUACACAGAUAUGUGAAUGCCCUAUUUCUCCCCCAGGCUAACUUGUGAGAAAGAACUUUAAAAAUAGCAGGGAAAAUGGGCAAUUAUGAGGGAAAGUGACAGACCUCUUAAUAAAUAUAUUGUCUUUCAAAAUAUGUGAAAUGCUUCAUUUUAAAAAUAAACAGUGUUUUAAAAUAAUAUUCUUAAUGCCAAUUCACAAAGAUUCAAAGGUAGUAAUUUUAGUGAUGAUAGCAUUGCUACUACAUUUAGCUAGUUACUGCUAAAGAAGGCCCACUCUUAGGGCUUGAUGGUAGAAAAGUAUUUCCAAAUGUUGCAGAUUUCAGAACAUCUUCAUGGGUUAUCUGGGAGUAUGCCAAGCAUAUUUAUCCUCCAGUGCGGUGACAGGCCCACCGAAUCCUUGCUUCUCAUUUGCCCUGGAUUCCUCUGUUGUCUUUGCUAAAUAAAAUAAAUUUGAUGAAUGCUUGAAAAUACAUACAAUUAAGAAGCUUUUUAUAGUUUACUUAAACCUUCUAUUUUAUGAAGUCCAUGAGUUUGAGCUUCAAAGUUCAGAAUUAGAAGCUUGGCUCUUUUCAGCACGGGUUCUUGUUAAGAUAAAUAGAUAAACAUGAGUUCAGGAUAGCAGAGAUAUUUUCCCACCUACACACAUCCCAGUCCUGGAGUGGAGAGUGCUGGAAAUGUUGAUUGUGUGCUUUCCUGGACUGUGAGUCUUCUGUUACCUUCUGUACAUUAGUGUAAUGUUCAGGCCCCUUCUCAAAGGACUUAGUCAUAAUAUACUGGAGUUCUUAUAUGUACUUAUGAAAUGCAUUAUAUUUACAUAAGAUAUCUAAUGCAAAAUAUGAAUGCAGAUAACAUAUGUCUGGAAAAUUAAAUCACUACUUGGGCAUUGAGAUUGGCUGUUGUUCUGCCAUGCAUUUAGUGACACACAUGCAUUUGCUGCUAAGUAAAUGUAUGUGGGAGAUUGAACAAAGGUGAAGAGCUUGAUAAUUGAUAACCUAGAUGAUUUAAUAGGCCAUGCAGAACAGGUAUAACUACUGAAAAGUAAUAUAUUGUUCAGUCAUUUAAGAUGCAUAAAUGACUGUUAAAGCUUCAUUAGGUAUUAAUUUUAUUAUGAUUAGCUUGCUGCACAAAUAGAUUGGUAGUUUUUAUGAUUUUAAGAAAAGAGUACACAUAUGAAACUUGUACUCGAAAGACUAGGUACUGAAAUUCAAUAUAGAAAGAUUGUUAGAUAAAGCAUUUCAGUUAGGAAGCUUGCUAAUUUUAAGUCAAAUGCUAUGUUGUUUUUUUCAGAGAUUUGUACCUAUUCUAGAGCUAUUGAUCUUUAGUAUAGCAACUAACUGUAGAUACCUUUAUCUCACCGUCAAGAAAAGUUAAUUGUUUCCCUCAUUUUCAUUCUUUUCUUGGGAGAAGGUAUGUCGUGCAAAUAGCUAGAAGGCCAAUUAUCUUUAAAUUAAUCUUAUUUAAUUUUAAGGCAGAAGCAGUAAAUUGUAGUAUGUUCCCCACAAAUGUCGAAAGACACCAGGGACUUGUAGCACAUGUGGAUGUGAGCAAUAAAGAUUUGUGCUCCUGCAUGCUUGCCAGCUCAGUAGUGGAGGGGUCAGCAACUUUUUUGGGCCCGUAGGAACACUUGAAAUUUGGGGGGGAGGUCUGUGGGCAUUGUCCUCUGUUUGCUUCCCCCUGCCUCAUCAAUCUCUCCCACCCAGCAAAGAGCCCUCACACACACACAUACACAUGCUUCACUUUUCUAAGGAGUCGAGGUAAAGUUCUGAUCCAGUAGAAUUAAAAUGGAUUAUUUGAAUUAGCAUGACUUUACAUGGGGUUCCCAAAAAACCCCAUCAAUUUAAAACUUACAGUGGCGAACGGCACAGUAAAAAAACCACAACCCUAGAUUUCAGUCCUUGCCAGUAAUACAAAAAUGCUCUCCUGGCACACACAUCUUCAUGGAUUUUCAUAAUUUCUACAUAGAAUGACAACAAAACCACUGACAAUUCACAGAACACAUCAUGGACACCAAGAUUACCCAUAAUUUUGUGGUGAUAAAAACUAGAAAGGUCCAUAAAUAUCCUUCCUUCAUCCAUGCUUUUGUUCCAUAGCAACUGUGGAAUGUACCAGAUCGUGAUUUUAUGGUCAAUUCAGUGGACUUAGGUGUGAUUUGUGAUUUGAUGGUGGUUAUAGGGAGGGGAUUCUGUGAAUAAAUGAUGCAGUUUCAAGACAAUCAACGUUACUCGAUCCAACUGUGUGUGCACCUACCUUCUCUUUCACAUUCCAUUAUCCCUCUUCAUUUCAUUGAUCCUGUCCCAUCCUAAUUUCUCCCUCUUAGCCAAUCUGUUUUCCUCCUUCUGUAUCACCCGCCUUUUCCUUCUACCUUCUUAGUUGCUCUUUCUUUUUAGCUGCUGAUCUGAAUUCUGAAAAGGACAUAGAUCUGGACGAAGUGCAGGAGAGUUAUCAGUGCUCCAGCUUACUCCUUCAGUAUUAUGUUCUUUUCAAGGGGGGAACAGUAGCUAUCUUCAUCACUACCUUCACAGAGAAGGGGAAAAUGAGACGGUGGGAGCUUAGAGAAUUCACUGACACCAGGGGAAGUCCUCAUGGGUGCCAUGGCAGCUGCAGGUGCCAUGUUGGCAACACAUACUGUGUACAGUAUAUUAGAGUGGCUCUAUCUUGUCGCUAUUCUUGACUUGUGCUGCACUUGCUGCAAAAUAUUGCUGUCAGUAUUUUAAAGACACCAUGGGGGAAGGUUUGUGUUUUUAUGUUGCACAAUUACCUUGAGUUUGAUGGAAAAGGCAGGUCUAGUAUGUAGUACUUAUAAAUUCUGGAGAUUGUUUUUUUCCACUAAAUAGUCUUCAUUGUAUUUAUGAGAACCAUUUCACAGUUAAUGUGUAAAGCAUACUUACAUAAGAAUCUGGGAAAAUUUAAAAUGAUCCUGACAACAAAAUAAUAUAUAGCAAUGUAAUUAUAUAGCAUAUUUCACCAAGAUGUAUAUAAAGUUUUCACUGUGCCUUUUUGGCUUGAUGUGACUUGAAUGAAAUUGUGUGUGUGUCAGUUGCAAUCUUGUAACAGUUUUUUCUUUUUUUGUUUCUUGAUAGAUGAUGAUGUACCUGCAGAUAUGGUUGCAGAAGAAUCUGGUCCUGGUGCACAAAAUAGUCCAUACCAACUUCGCAGAAAAACUCUUUUACCUAAAAGAACAGCUUGCCCUACAAAGAGCAGUAUGGAGGUAUUUAAAAAUUAAUAAUCAUGCUUUCCCUUCUGAAGUAAUUGCCUAGCACAACAGGCACAAUACAGUUCAUGGGGAGAAGGCCAGUGGUGGCCGUGGAGGAUUCUUUAUGUGGGGUUAGCACAAGCGGAAAGGAGUUAAGGAUUGACCAUGUGCAAUAUGCAUUAGAAGAUCUUUGUGUAAUCUAAUUUUACUUUUCUAAAACUUUUCAGGGUGCCUCUACUUCAGCUACAGAGAACUUUGGUCAUCGAGCAAAACGUGCUAGAGUAUCUGGAAAAUCACAGGAUUUGUCAGGUAAUGUCUUUUUUUGUUUGAGGGAGAGGGCAAAGAAAGUCUCUCAACUUUCUAUUUUAAUUUUAAUUGAACAGUUUUUAACUUAAGAAAGUAAUUGGGAUGGUAAUGGCAAUCUGAUUUCCUUGUCUACUGUCAUUUGACUUUCAUAAGUGAAUUUUUAUGGUCUCAAAAAUAUUUUUCUCAGAAAUGGUUUCAUUGAAGAAUACAUCAUGUUGUUGUGCUGCUAGAGGAGGCAGUGGGUGUAUGGAUGUAUGUAUGUACAGGCUUAUUUCCAAUUCACCUUGCAGAAGAGGAGAGGGGUUUUUAAUUGACACCUGGGGCUAGAUCGGGGUUUGGCACCAGCUGUAGGCAGGAGAAACCUGACAAUGACUUUGAACCAGAUAGGAAAAUGGUAGUCCCAUUUCUACACACCAUUAAAAGUGGUGUCUUUGGGUAGCUACUUUUCCUGCCUGCACACUUCUGGGUAGGUGGACCCCGUUCAAGGAGCUGGUGACUUGUAAAACCUUUCACAACCUGUACUGCGUGACUCAGAGAUUACCCCUUCCAAUACGAGCUGUAUUUCUCACAGGGUUGUUAUGUGGGAAUAGAUAAGGAUUGGGAGAACCGUGUAUGCCACCUUGAGUGCCUCGGAGAAAAAGGAUGACUAUAAAAGCAAUGAAUGAAUGAAAUAUACAAGAUUUGUGUUAUGACCAUUAUAUCUUGUUCCUUAAAGACAAUGAUGAUGGUGAUGAUGAUGAUGAUAAUAAUUAAUUAUUUUAUUAUUUAUACCCCACCCAUCUGACUGAGCUUUCCAGCUCCUCCAUCGUUGCUCAGACAUUCUGUCAUUAUUUUACAUGGUGUCCCUCUGCAAGUGUUUCUGGCAUGUGUCAUUUUACCUAUGGUCCUUUGAUCAGUUACUGUAUUCCACUGCACCUUCACAAAUAACUUUGUCCCUGUUUGGAUGAUCAGAAACAUUUUGGAUUAUGCUAAGAGGUUUGAUGGUAUUUAAUUGCUUUAGUUGUCUCUAACAGGGAGUGUAACAGCAAACCUUUAUAUACUAUAGGAUCUCAGGCUCACUAGCCUUAUUUGAUCUGGCAGGGGUCCUGCUUUGACCUGCAAGACAGUUUUUCCCAAGCCAUGUCCAUCUGCCCACAGCUGGCCUUAGUUUUGGAAGUGAAACUACACAGCUUGACUCCGUAUGUAACUCAGGGUUAGGAAAGAGGCCUGAGUCCCGGCGGCUGUCACACUAAAAUAAAUGUGAACUGUGCUGUUUGACACUGCAGGUUGUCAGGGAACUCCUCCUUUGUGAGGAAAAUCCUUACACGUGGAAAAUUAGUGUGUUGAGGUGAAAUGUUUUAGUCCGGCCACUGCCUGACAUACUUGACUUGUAGUGAGUGAGUUGAUAAUGUAGGAGAGUGACCAAACAUGAUACUCCCUCUGCAAUCUGAGGUGGUAAUAAUCUUUAUUUAUUUGAAAGCAUUUAUAAACAGCUUAAUAUUUAAAAAUUUGUAAGCUGUGUACAAUAUAUUUUUUAAAAAAAUAAAAAUAAAACACAACCUAAAACCAAUAAAACAGCAGCAUAAAGGCAUAUAAAAACAAAUAAAACAGGGAUUCAGGGGAUUCUGGCAUAUAAAACAGGACCUGGCCUUGCUGGUCAGAGAAAGCCUGGGGAAAGGAUAAGUCUUGCAGAACAUCUAAAGCAACGUUUGAAACUCCCUUUGUUCUAGGCAUGUUUUGUGACAGGAAAUUUCGUUAGUGCUAGCAGUUUCUGAGCGCAGUAUUGUGCCUAAGAUUUAAGAUUAAAACUGGCACUGAGGGUGUGGGAGGAGAAAUUCCUUCCCACUAGAGUUCCAAGAGAUCGCUGCAGCAUCCGGCAAUCUCCAGCAUCUCAGAUGGCCUUGCAGAAAGGCAGCGUUUCCCUCAGAUUGGCUGCCCUUAGGCAAGGAAUACAGCUAUCUUUUCCCUCCAUCCCGUUCCCAUCAUCUCAUCCACUGAAAACGGACAGGGAGCAAAGUUCACACUGCCUUGCCUGGCUCUUUCCUCAAGCGAGUUGUGAAACACUCCCUCCCAUCCCUGUCAGUCCUCCUUGAAACUGCUGGAGGAAUGGGCUUGUCUGCUUCUGGAGAAAAUUCUGAAAAUGUCAGGGACACUCUGCAAAGGAGGGGGGUAUCCGGAGAGGAGAGAAGAAAAAGAGGAGCAAUCCAGUGACUGCUUGCAGAGAGAGAGAGAGGAUGCAGUGUGAUAGCCUGUUUGUUUUUGCAUUUCUCUCUCAUCUUCAGCGCAGAAGGGGAGGCUCCAAUAAGGGGCUGGGUAAGGAGAGUUUAAACCUUUGGUGGAAUUUCACACAUGUGGGAUAUGGAAGGAGAACUUCCCAUCCAGAGUCCAUUUGAAAACUGCUGAGCAUCUUGGUGGACCAAUUGAUGAUUUUUCUGUCUGUUUAGCAACUGUAAUGCACUGUGCUUUACAGUGUUAAGAAAUUCAAUCUAUUAUACAAUAAAAUGCAAUAUAUAAGCACAAAAGGAGCAAUUUGGGCAUCAUUUAGGAAAAAAUUGUUGCUUUCAACCCUGAUCUGGAUCUGCCUGUUACUUGGAAUUAAAUCCCAACCGAGUUCAAUGGGGUUUCUUCCCAAGUAUAACGUUCAUGGAUUGGGGACCUGAAAACUUCCUUUGUAUUCUUUUAAACUUUACAUGUUUUGUUUAGGUUUUAGUCAUCUUGUUUAACGUAUCAUGUGCUUUUAAUUUGAAAUAUACUAGCCAGGUAGUUAUGACUGAGUGCUUGUUAAAGUGUUACCUACCUCAGACUCUCACAGUGAUGCUUAAAAUCGAAACAAAUUUUGGAGUGGGAUCUUUGAAGGUUUCAGUGGCCUUCAGUGAUCCCACUCCAAAAUUUGUUUGCGAACUGGACACUCAAGGUGUCUCUGCCAUCAGUUGCAUAGGCCUGUAAUACCUGUUAAUUGUGGUGCCAAAAAGAUAUAUUUAUAUGAAGGAAAGGGGUCUGGGGAGAAUCCAGGGCUUGUCUGGAGAGUGGAAGGAAAGGAGGACCUUUUUCUGCUUCCCCACUUCCAGCCACUCUCUGAAGACUGGAGAAGAGACUCUCUUAAGAAUAUUAGGGGCGUGGGUCUAAGGUGUCAUUUAGCUUCUGGCUUUCAUAUCUCAGUUUCUAACACUGAUCUGAUGGUUGCUGCUGCAAGUAUAGCAGAGGGACACAGUGAUAUUCUUUCCCUACACGUGUGAAUUAGUUAGUAUUCAGCUAAAAUAAAUGGCAUUUGAAAAAUUAAGUAGAAUUCUACAGUGGAGGUAAAUUAUUAAAAGUUGUAUCUCAAUCACACUCCUGUAAUGAGUACUUCUAUGAAUAACCAAAUUCUUGCCAUAUUUGUGAUUUUCUUUCCCACCCUCAGAAGUACUUAAUAUUGUGUAUUCCUGACAGCCAUGCCAAGAAAUCCUUGAAAGCAUAUUGCUAACUAGGAUGGUGAUGAUUAGAAUUUGCAAUCCUCCUGCAAAGCAUAUUCUUUUCAUUAAAUAAUAGGAACAAUAGGUCCUACUUGUAUCUAUAUAAUUUCUUUUAAACUCAGUUUCCUUGAGUUUACGUUUAAAUAUAUGUAGUUAGAAAAAAGUGAUGUUCUUCAUAAGGAACAGUUCUUUAGUCUGUCCUUCAAGCUGUAGAACCUGUCUACCUUCAGUUGCUAUGGAGACAGGAAACAUCCCACUGUGAAGGCUAACAUGUAUUCUUUUUUUUAAAAAGAGGGAGAGAUCACGAGAGACUUCAUGCUAGACUUCAAGGAGUAACUAGAGCAGGCUUCCUCAAACUUGGCCAUCCAGAUGUUUUGAGACUAUAAUUCCCAUCAUCCCUGACCGCUAGCUAGGGAUCAUGGGAGUUGUAGGCCAGAAACAUCUGGAGGGCCACGUUUGAGGAAAUGUAAGCUAGAGUGUAAGGCCAAAAUACACAAUACCGCCCUUUCACUUCCAUUCUCCAUCAUUGUAGUUUCUGAAUCUUUUGCACAUACAUAUUUAAAAUUGAAUAGGCAAAAUGAUCAGAUUUGACCCAUGCUAAAUUUUUUACAUUCAUCUAGGCUCACUAAAUAUCAGCCUAGACAUCACAGCAUACCCUCAUUGUUUUUUAGCCCAGUCUCUUGACCUGUUUGCAGAUGUUGAGAAGGAGUGAACUAAGGGGUAGAAAAGCUAACAUGAAUUCUAAUUUACAUCUGUAAUUGUACUCAGCACAGUGUACAUAAAGUUAAAUCAGUUUUGUUUUUUUUACUGGGGAAGUGUUAAUCCAAAGUCAGGAAAUGAAACCAUCCUUAAAAUAAAGUGUGAACUUCACCCCCAAAGGUACACUCCCAUUGCUUCCCAAGACGGACGGAUGCCAAACAGGGGCAUCCAAUGAAGCUGAGUAUUGGAAGGUUUAGGACAGACAAAAAACUUUUCCGCACAGCCCAUAGUUAAACUGUGGAAUGCACUUAACACAGGAAACAUUGAUGGCAGCUAACUAGGAUGGCUUUAAAAGAGGAUUCAACAUUUGUGGAGGAGAGGGCUAUCAGUGGCUUCUAGCCACUGAUACCAUUUGCUGGAAACUGCAGGAGGGGAGAGUGCUUUUGUGCUCAGGUCCUGCUAGGCAGGUUUCCCAUAGCCAUAUGAUUGACCACUGUGAGAACAGGAUGCUGGACCACUGACCUGAUCCAGCAGACUCUUCUUAAAUUUUCAUGUUCAUCCUGCUUCUUACUUUUGCCUCUUGCGGCAGCAGUCUUCCACUGACAUAAGUACAGGCAAUGACCAGUUUGCAUGGGAGUUAUGUUUCUAAUCCCCACAUGCGUUGGCUGAGUGCACACAAGCCUGCUCCAACCUGUUCUGCCCCCUUUGCCAGCCACUUCCAGGUUGUUGCGAUACGUGAUGUAGCAGUCAUGUGUCAGACACGUAUCAUACAUUGCCUGUAUAUGUUAGUAUAGCGUUCUGCAGCAUAUCUCCAUACAAGUGUAAAUCUACUACAGCAGUGAUAUGUUCUGGCACAUCCUUAUCCAGUUGCAGUAAUGAGAUGAUAGAAAUGUGCUGUUAAACUUUUAUUGAUUGAUUUACCAAACUGAUUAAAGCUUGCAAACCUAACUUUCUAUAGAAAAUGAAAUGUGUAUAUUUAAAUGGAAAACUUGAAUAACAUUGAUUUUUGUCAAACUUCUGCCUAAGUAAAUCUGUUUCAGGUAAUUCACUUGAUUUUUGAGAGAUAGAAAGUCCAUGAUCUAUUUUGGUGGAAAUAUCCCUGACAGGUUAUAAACAUCAGUCAUGUUAUUCAUGUUUUAUAUUUAAUAGCAGCACCUGCAGAACAAUAUCUUCAAGAGAAGUUGCCCGAUGAAGUGGUUCUGAAAAUCUUCUCAUACUUGCUGGAGCAAGAUCUUUGUAGAGCAGCUUGUGUAUGUAAGCGCUUCAGUGAGCUGGCUAAUGAUCCAAUUUUGUGGUAAGUGAAAAGGUAUUUUUGAUUAUCCUGAAGUAUGUUAUAUAUGCCAUACACAAUAGAAAAAUUGAAUUCAUGAAUAUGUUUUCUAAUUAUUUUGAACGAAAGCAGGUACUUGAAUUACAUUUCUUUUGCGCUCACCUGAAGUUGCACUAUUAUUUUUCUGUAGCUCGUGCCUCCUGUUUUGAUUCUGGUUAUAUAGGGUUCUUCUUGCAAUCUGCCAUCUUACAUAAAAUUUUGUUUAUUUAGAAUACUUUGCAUCCUACAUUAAAGUCUGAAGAGGCUCUCAAAGCAUCUUACAAAAGAUGUAAUAAAAGUUACAGUUCAAGCCUGGCAUCAGGAACAGAAAUAGCGUGGUGUCCCUCUGGUGCCAGGAUUAUAAAGGUGAUAUUCCUUGCCCCUGUCCUUGGUCAGCCUUGGUCUUGCCCUUCACCCUUUGAAGAUGAGCAGGUGAAAUUCACUCGGCCCAUAAUGGAGGCAAGUCUUCUCUUGCUUGCAGGUGGCACAGUUGAUUUGUUCCUGCAUAAUUGUUGAAAUACACUUAAAAAUAUGCAGAUGUUGUUUGCCAUAUGUUCCCAUUCACAAAGUGGAUUUUUGCUUGUUUGUUUUGCUUGGCUCAGGUUUUUCAGUACCCACAAUUAUGCUCCAAGCCUUGUAAAUAAUACCAGCCAUAUAUAUGCUUUACGUUUCUUACUGCUACCAUGCAACUCCUUGCCAACUUCUUCCCUCUAAAAGCUCUAGAAUUGGGCAUGCUUGUUCAAGUAAAUUUAAAAUACAUCAAUCUCUUUAACACUUGGAUUUUACUGAUGGAGACGGGCUGAUGAAUAGAAAAGUCUAAAAAUGGGACACCUCCCACCCAACAGUCAAAGCCUGCUUAUCUCAUCAAAGAAACACUUGUCUUAGGAUUUACACCCUCCAAUUUAUGAAUGGUUCGAGGUAACUAAGAAUUGAAUAAAGCAGCAUAAUAAAAACAGUAACAGGGAGGAUAAAGAUAAAAUUUACAAACCAGGGGCCAUUAAAACAAAACACAAAAAUGGUGAGCAGAUUAAAACAUAGAUCAGAGGCCUCUAAAAGCCUGGGGUAAUAAGACAGAUUUCACCUUGUACCUAAAAUGGUAACAAAGGUACCAGUCUUACAAGCUUAAGGAAUUCCAUCAUAUAGCAAGCCAGGCCACAUGUGGGAUAUAAUGCCAAGGUGUGCGGUUGGGGCUGCUGUUCAGACCUUGAUUGCGGGAGGCGGGUAGUUUCCAAAUAGCAGCUAAGGAGCAUGCCUAGGCAUUUAUUCUUGCAGAAUGCACUCCUUCGUAUACCAUUAUAUAUGUGCUUAAUAUAUGGCAGCGAUGGGGAACUUAUGGCACUCCAGAUGUUGCUGACUACAGUUCCCAUCUUCCUUAACCAUGGACCAUGUUGGCUGAAGCUGAUGGCAGUUGGGAUCAAACUAUAUCUAGAGGGCCACUGAUGCCCCAUCCCUAGUACAUGGCUUGGUCAAGUAUCUCUGGAUACAGUUAAGGAUGCCAGAUGGAGCACAUUGUUCCUUUUUAUAUAAGGAUGUUGUUAUUCCUGUUAAAAAGUCACAAAGAGUGAGAAAUGGUGCUAAAUUUGAUGCUGUUCAGCAAAAUCCUUCUAUGCUGUUAAGCGCAUGUUUAAAACUUUGCUCACACCUAGACACUUACCCAAAUAACAGUGCACAUCUGGAAACAUUGUUACUCUUAAUAACUAUGUUUUUAUCUUAAGUGAUAAUUCCCAAACUUGUUUAAAAUAGGCAGCUCUCUUUGCUUGUCUGCUGUGUUCAAUGGGAAAUAGACAGUUAGCAACAGCUUGAACAUUGCUGAAAGUACCACUUUCAAGUUUCCAAAUUUUUUAACGUAAUUUUUGUUCCAUCCGGUUUAUACCUUUGUUCUGUUAAAGUCUAUUCACACUUCUGUAUUCUGGGUGUCUUUGUUUAGGAAACGACUCUACAUGGAAGUAUUUGAGUAUACACGUCCAAUGAUGCACCCUGAACCUGGUAAAUUUUAUCAGAUAAAUCCAGAAGAGUAUGAACACCCAAAUCCCUGGAAGGAAAGCUUUCAGCAACUGGUAUGAAUGCCUUUUUAAAAGCUUCCUCAUUGUAUUUCAUGUUGUUUUAGAAUGUUUCAAAUGCUGAAGAGGGUGAAGGGGGGAGGUAUGUGGUAAUUCCCCCUUUUCCUCCUUAUGGCCUGGUGAGCAUUUGGACUUCUCCUUUUUUUCGGGAUCUUUUCCCACUUCAGUUAGAGUGUCUUCACUGGGAUCUCAAUUCAGUCUCUUCUUAAAAAUCAGCACCUCAAAUUAUUUACAUUUAAGGUUCCCCAGCUCUCUGCCAACUAUACUUCCUCAUUCUAAUCUGACCUUAAUUCUCCCAUACAAAUUCAUCUUCCCUUGUUCUUCCACUUUUUUACUCUUCUGUCAUAAGACUCCUCAUUCUUCAGCAGUGCAACUGUCCUUAGCAAGAUUUCUCCUCGUGAACGAGGCAUUGACCUGAUUCUCAUGUCAUAGUAAACAUAGUUUAAAAACAAACUAUGGUUUUAUGUAAAUGAAUUGCAUGCUGGUCAAAAGUUUCUGGGGCACUCCUGGUGCAACUGUACUGUGGAUGAAACAAGCAAGAGGCUGACUUGUUGUGCUGUCUGACUUAGCACCAUGAAGUGGUUCAGACUUAGUGUAGAACACUGCCACCACUGUCCAGAGUCAUUGUGGGAAGGUGAGACAGAAUACAGACUGUAACUAAGUUUGUCUAUAAUUACAAUCAAGACCAGAAAGCGUAAUUUCAGGGACAGAAGUCAUUUAAAUCACUGAAUGAGGAGAGGAGUUUUGAAUCAAGUACAACAAAAUAUCUGAAGGAAAAUGAGGAUGUGCCAAGAUUGCUGCAGUCUUGUAAUCUACAAAACAUGGUGGAUCUACAUUUUCGCUGUGUUGUGUACGCCCCAUCCUGCUUUUUAGCAAUGUAGUUCUUGGACGUUUGUCAUCUUCUGGAAUGAGGUGUAGAAACUGAGGAAAAUAACUUAGCUCAGAGUUACAGAUUUGAUUGGAAGGCAAAGUCUUCAAUAAGAUUCAGUUUCCUUUCUGUUGGCAAAGGUGCAGCUUUUUCAGUUGUACCUGAAGCAAGCGACAGAUCUUGGAUUCCAGAUCCACCUACUGAGCAUGGUUAAUAUCAGUGCUCUGAACUCUUUUGAGGAGCUUUGCAAUGCUACGCUUGUGUGUGCUGUCUGUCUGUCUCUCUCUUUUAAAAUGUAAGCCAUAGGUCGUGCUUCAUUGUAGGCUUACCUCAAAAUGCUUUCCCCCUCCAUUUUCAGUAUAAAGGUGCUCAUGUAAAGCCAGGAUUUGCUGAACAUUUCUACAGUAACCCAGCAAGAUAUAAAGGAAGAGAAAACAUGUUGGUAAGUUUUUCUGAAUCACUUCAAGUGAAUAUUGACAUGCCUUUCCUGUGGCUAUUUGUCUUACAACUGCUUCUUGUUUUCUUCUAGUAUUAUGACACAAUUGAAGAUGCAUUAGGUGGGGUUCAAGAAGCUCACUUUGAUGGACUUAUCUUUGUUCAUUCUGGCAUAUACACGGACGAGUGGAUAUACAUUGAAUCUCCAAUCACCAUGAUUGGUGCAGGUAUUUAAUUUGAAAGGCAUCCUAGUAUCAGUAGAUAAAAGUGCUGUUCUCCUGAAUGUUUCUGGAUAGCAGGGAAAGAAAAGGAAGCAUGGAUGAUGUGACUCCAUUGUACUCUAUUGUUUCACAGAGCACUUUUUAUUGGAUUUUUUUGGAGGGAGGAGAAGAGCAUCUUCAAAUUACCUGCUGCCCAAAUAAAAAGAUAUAAUCUCCCAAUAUCUGUAUUAGAUCUCCCUGGUCCUGAAUGGGAUAACUGUGGCCCUGAAGGACCAGGUGCGCAGCCCAGGAGUCAUUUUGGACUCAAAGCUGUCCAUGGAGGCACAGGUAAAUUCUAUGUCCAGGGCGGCUGUAUCAGCUCCAUCUGGUACGCAGGCUGAGACCCUACCUGCCCGCGGACUGUCUCGCCAGAGUGGUGCAUGCUCUAGUUAUCUCCCGCUUGGACUACUGCAAUGCGCUCUAUGUGGGGCUACCUUUGAAGGUGACCCGGAAACUACAACUAAUUCAGAAUGCGGCACCUAGACUGGUGGACUGGGAGCGGCCGCCGAGACCACAUAACACCGCUCUUAAAAGACCUACAUUGGCUCCCAGUACGUUUCUGAGCACAAUUCAAAGUGUUGGUGCUGACCUUUAAAGCCCUAAAUAGCUUUAGUCCAGUAUACAUGAAGGAGCGUCUCCACCCCCAUCAUUCUGCCAGGACACUUGAGGUCCAGUGCCGAGGGCCUUCUGGCGGUUCCCUCGCUGUGAGAAGGCAAGUUACAGGGAACCAGGCAGAGGGCCUUCUCGGUAGUGGCAUCCGCCCUGUGGAAUGCCCUCCCACCAGAUGUCGAAGAGAAAAACAACUACCAGACUUUUAGAAGACAUCUGAAGGCAGCCUUGUUUAGGGAAGCUUUUAAUGUUUAAUAGACUAUGGUAUUUUAAUAUUUUGUUGGAAGCUGCCCAGAGUGGCUGGGGAAACCCAGCCAGAUGGGCAGGGUAUAAAUAAUAAAUUAUUUAUUAUUAUUGUUGUUGUUGUUGUUGUUGUUGUUGUUGUUGUUAUACAGCCUAUCACUUUGCGUAUCAACUUAUGGGACGUCCUUUAUGUCAUGCUGUAGUUCUUCAUCAUCAUCAUCAUUUUAUUUGUAUGCUGCCUUUCCAUAGUUAGAACAAUGCUCAAGGCGGCUUACAACAUGACAAGAUUUACAUAAUUACCAACAUAACAAAAGUCAUAAACAAUAAAUAAAACACAUCAAAAGGUACACAACCAAAUGGGGAAAAAAAUUCAAUUUAAAAGGACAUAAAAAAUAAAAACUAUUUUAAAAAGGAGCCCUCUCUAUCAAGCAGCAGCAGCAACAGUCCUUUAUGGAGCCAGUCAGGCCCCGCCCCAAGGCAGGUGGAAAGAGGCAGGGCAGAUCCCUUCCGGCUCCCAGCAGGUUACCCCCAACUUGUUUAGCCCCAGAGAUCAUGGCGAAAACUCGCUCUCAGCCCUGAAUGGUGCAGCUGAUUUGUUUCUGCUUAGGUAAAGGUCAUAAACUACAGAACAAUUGCCCAAACAGAAUGAAUGCCAGUCUACAGCUAAUGAAUGUGUUUGCUCUUCUGUCUGUGGUGAUGAUACAUAAGGUGUGUAGAAAGAUAUAUAAUUACUAGAGCAAUUACUUGCAGACAAACAAUGUUAAUCAAAAGAAAAUACUCUUUCAGUUAGAUGACAGCAGGCGUACAGGAACUAACUACUGUGGCAGCAGGGCUGUGAUUCUCCACGAAUCUGGAGCCCAACCAUGCUGCCCAGAAAUAAGGGGUAGGUGGAGAAUGGCAGGUAUCUUUGCUCACUUCUCUCUCAGCUUGUCAGUUAAAAGAGCUCCUUCCUUGAGAGAGAACUAUGGCAUUUGAUUUCUUUUUUCCUAUUAGUUGGUGUCUUUGUGGUGUGCAUGCCUAUUCCCUUUUAGCCAGCUAUUUAAAGUAGUUAGCUUGUUCUGCUUUAUUUGCAGCAUUUUUCUAGAAAGUGUGCACAAUAUUUUUAAACCGUAAAAUAAAAAUAAUCGUAACAUGAACAGAAAACACUGAUUAAAACAAUGUCAGAAUAAAGCCAGUAGGGCCCAAGGUCUAAAAUCACUGAAAUGGUGCCUCGUGAAAUAAAAAUGUCUUCACCACACACCAAAAAGACAACACUGUUAGGUGUCAGGUGAGCUUCCACUGAAAAGUUCUCUUUGCUAGCCAUGUGCCUUGUCUUGAUCAGCAGGGACACUUCAACAAGGGCCUCUGAAGAUAGUCGUAGGAUCUGUGCAGGUAUUUGUGAGCAGAGGUGACCCCAUAACUUUGUAUUUGGCCCAGAAAUGAACUGGAAGCCAGUGCAAACGACGAAGUAGUUGUGUAAGAUGAGCGUAUUGACCAGCUUUGCUGCUCUGUGUCUGAUAAUCUGAACUUUCUGGACCGUGUUCAGAGGCAGUGCAGCCACAGUAAGCCAAGCAAGUUGUUACGAGAUGCAGUUGGUAGGUCAGCCUAAGAUGAUGCGAGGUGCUUUGAGACCACAUACCCUUUCAGCAACAAUACUGGCUGCAAGAGCACAGUUGGUCUAUGAAUCUGAUCCCUUGGGAGAAGUUCAGCCCCCUCCAAAACAAAUUGGAUACCAUUCAUCUGGGGCAAUCAACAGUAUUUACAUCUUGUUUGGAUUGACUAUAACCACUUUGCUCACAAGUAUUAAGAGGAGAAAUUCUAAAGCUGCAUGAAAUAAAUAUUUUCUAUACUGAAUCUAGCUUAUAGGUCCUUUCAUUCUGACUGAUACUUAAGUUGCAAACUUGCACUUCCGCCAUCAAAAUGAGAAUGUUGGAUUGUGGCUUUCUGCUCCCCCUGCUGGCUUCUUAAGAAUAGCACACGUGUUCUUGAAAAAACAUCUGACUUCUUCAACCAACUCAAUACAGUCGUACCUUGGUUCUGGAACAGAAUGCAUUCCGGAAGUCCGUAUGACUGCAGCCAAUCGGAAGCCACGCCAGACAUUCGGCAUCCGAAAAUCAUUUGAAAUCCGGAACACUCAUUUCCGGAUUUUGAUCAUUCGGGCGACGAAAUGUAUGAGUUCCGAGGCGUUCAGCAACCUCGGUACGACUGUAUAUUGGUUUACACUAAUUUGGAUACUAGUAAAUGUUGGUGUUCAUUUGUUGUAAACUGCCUUUAAAAAAAGUAGUGAAGUGUGUAAAAAGGUUUUGGAGAAGUAAAGAGCCAUUAACUAGCAUUAAAUGUCUUGCAAUUUAUUUAAUAAAGCUAAUAUUUUAGCUUUAUAGUUAAAAAUAGAAACAGGGAUCUGUUGUCUGUGGGGGAUGCUAUAGUAGUAUUCUGCAUGACUGAUCAUUCAUUGAGCAGGGAUUGGACUAGAUGACCACCAAGGUCGCUUCCUUGCACAUCCUGGAUGGUCUAGUGCAGGGGUUGGCAAGGUUUACCUCGCCUGGGCCGGUUCACUCCAACGGAGAUCCCUCUGUGGACUGGAUUGUGAGUGUGCACGCCCAUGAUUUCUGGCGUAUGCGCAUGCGCAGAUGCGAUUUCCGGUGCCGCGGAAGCAAGUCUCUGCGCCAUGCUGUUCUGGUUUAGAGCAGAGCGCGGGGACUCGCCAAGUGGGUGGCUUGGUUCAGGGGCGGCUUGUGGACCGGUUAAACGACCCCCGCUUGUGGCCCAUGGGCCUUAGGUUGCCGACCCCUGGUCUGGUGGUCAGGAUUUGGCGCUCUCACCAAGGUCCCUUCCCACUCCAUAAUUCUUUGAGUCUAAUUUAAAGUAUAACAUUAAAGCAGAUUCUUCAGCAAAUACAUAAUGAUUGUUCUAGAAAUCAGUUGACACUUUAUUACAGUGGUGCCUCGCAAGACGAAAAUAAUCCGUUCUGUGAGUCUCUUCGUCUAGCGGUUUUUUCGUCUUGCGAAGCAACCCUAUUAGCGGAUUAGGGGAUUAGCGCUAUUAGCGGUUUAGCGGCUGUUAAAGGCUUAGCGGCUAAAAGGCUAUUAGCGGCUUAGAAAAAGGGGGGGGGGAGCGAAAAAAAUCGCAAGACUCGCAAGAAUUUUUCGUUUUGCGAAGCAAGCCCAUAGGGAAAUUCGUCUUGCGAGGUGCAUCGAAAAAUGGAAAACCCUUUCGUCUAGCGGGUUUUUCGUCUUGCGAGGCAUUCGCCUUGCGGGCCACCACUGUAAUUCUAUUAGCUUUUAACUGAAGAAAUGUUUCCAUCUAAAACCUGGGAGUUGGUCUGUUGAGAAUUGGACUUGAUAAAACUUAACAGAAAGAUCCUUCUGUUUCUUGUAAAAUGAACUUACUGAAUGAAUCUGAGACUGAAUGUCUGUACUUAAAGACCCAGAGCUGUUAUCCUGAGUCACAAUGGAAGUAUAAAGCUUAUUGCUGGAACAACGUAAUUGUAGGUUGUAUUGGAAAUAUGCUGUGCAUUUUCAACCUUCAGCUUUAUUAUUGUUUCCCCCGCCAGCACCCGGGAAAGUGGCAGAUAAGGUCAUUAUAGAAAACACAAGAGAUUCAACCUUUGUCUUCAUGGAGGGAUCUGAGGAUGCUUACGUUGGUUAUAUGACAAUCAGGGUAAGAACAUGGGAGCAAGCACUUAAGUUGAAAUUACUUGAGUUGAAAGAAAUGGAUGGCUUGUAACAAGCGUUAUUGUAUUUACUUUCAGUUUAACCCUGAUGAUAAAUCUGCACAACAUCACAAUGCUCACCACUGCUUAGAGAUUACAGUUAACUGCAGCCCAAUAAUAGACCAUUGUAUUAUUCGAAGUACUUGUACAGGUUAGUAAUUUCUCUGUUAAAACUGUCAUGAAGUAACAGGUGUACAAGAUGCACAAGGGCUGGAGACCAAACAACUAGGCACCUGCCCCCGAGAGUGAUCAGCCAUCCAGCCGUGCCUUCUCCUGCCCAUCACUACUGGAAUUGGGAAGCAUCUUGACCACUCUCUUCUACCUGCCCUCCCAGAAUCAUUAACCCACCACCAUUCACCCAAUAUGCAGCUAGGGGAUUGGACCACAGAAUAGUAAACUAAGACCCAGUACUACACGUGUCCCACACCAUCAGAAGUAGACGUUAAAUCUCCUAGCUACUCUCCUCCCCCUGCCUCUCCCCCUGUUCUUCCACUAAGGAAGAACUCCACAGGCCCUAGACCACACCUGCAUCCGCACAAACACUCCUACCUGCAGCUAGAUGAUACACAGGUCAAACAGCUGUUGUAAUGCGCUCUCUCUCUCUCUCUCUCACUCUCACACACACACACACACACACACUCGCUCACUUGAGGAGCAAACCAGGCAAGGACCAGGAUGCUGCAAACUCAGUCCCCAACUCCCUGUUUCUCUGUGGGUCUGUUCACAUGGUGUAGCUGUGAGCAAGCGAGGUAAUGAAUUAGCUGGCUUGGGGCAAGGGCAUGCACUGGCCACACAAUCCUCCUAAGCCCUCUGCUUUGGCUCAGGAUUCAUCUGAAGUCAUUUCAUGCCCCUACUGUCUAGUUUAUCCUGAAAGGUUAAGCCAAGAUAAUUGGCAAGAAGCUAGCCAAGUUCAUUCAGUGUUUCCAAGUUACUUCAUUUUCUUUUAUUAUUUUUAGUGGAUGAUGCAAGUUGUAGGUUUCUUAUGAAGGCAAAUCUAAUUCCAAUUUUAAAAUGUAAAUGUUGUUUCCUCUUCAGUUGGUUCUGCAGUCUGUGUUAGUGGUCAAGGAGCUUGUCCCACUAUCAAGCAUUGCAACAUCAGUGAUUGUGAAAAUGUUGGUCUCUACAUUACAGAUCACGCACAGGUGAACACCCUUUCCCAUCCCCCCUCCCAUUGUUUUCCACCUUGCAAAAAUAAAAUUGCCUGAUCCAUCUUCAAUUUACACUAUUUUCUGAUAUUUUAGGGAAUAUAUGAGGACAAUGAGAUCUCCAAUAAUGCAUUAGCUGGGAUUUGGGUCAAAAACCACGGAAACCCUAUUAUUAGAAGGAAUCAUAUUCACCAUGGGCGCGAUGUUGGUGUUUUCACGUUUGACCACGGCAUGGUAAUGUAUACUUUUCCUUUUGAGGAGAGCUUAUGGGGUGGGUGGGGUGUGCAUAUUUCUGUGGGGGAAGUGAGUUUUUGUGAGUGUUAAAGCAGCUUGUUUUUGUCCACCUGUUUCCAGUGUUGAUGGUUUCUCUUUUGCAUGGCCCUCAAGUAAAUAAUGUACAUUGGGGACUAUUGAGACCCAGAGCAGAAGUAAUGCCUGGUUAGAAGACUGGGAAUGUGCAGCAGGUUCCCUCACCCAUGUGAAUGCCUGCCUCCAUUGCCUUAUUAGCAUAAUCUUUGGUGAAGUACUACAUCUUCACAAGUGCUGGCUACCGUUACUUUUUAAACCAGGGUUUAGAAUGAGUGUUUCAGCUGCUUCGUGUAUGUCAGCCGCUUGGCACAAUAGGUACCAAAAAAUUGGUACUAAAGUAGAAGGACAAUACCUCCUCAAAAGCAGGCCACUGAAAUUCUGACAUUCCUGCCCCGCAGGCUAGGUUUUAUAAUUGGAUUUGGAGGUUAGGUGUAGGAUUGAUAUGGAAAAGUGUCUUCUAUCCAUCAUUUGUCUCUUCAUACAUCUUCAGCAAUGAUGAUCCCAAGAUCAUUUUUCUUUGGAGACCUCCCUCAAUCUUUGGUUGGUGCAUUACAUUCAGCUCCUUUCCACAACAUAUUUCAGAAACUGGGAACAGAAUUCCAAUUACGCAGAGAUUCUUGAUGUUUUAUUUUCAGCUUGCCCUUCACCUGCUGCUUUGUUCUGAAAUUAUUGUUUUCCAGUGUUUGCGUUAGUACUUGUUAGGGCUGAUUUACAUUUGCAGGAUAUACUUGACAUAUUAUUAUUUGUUUUAGUUUUGUUAAAGUUUAUUUUACUAUCCAAAGGCCAUGACAAAUCCAUACAAUCACAAACAUUAUAAAAUAUAACACAAACAACUUCAAAUAAAAAUAGUAACUAGAAAUUAUGAGAGAGGCGAUAACAGAGGAACCACCAUGGCUACACUAACUGAAUUUCAAUUUAGUCCUCUGAAUUCUCCUUACAAUUUACAGCUCCUUUUUUUGCCACCAGAGCCAAAAAGACCUCUUAUGUGUCACUACAGCAUUGUUGUUACUCAGCAGCCACUUUCCUGUACAAACGGGUUUUAGAAAGCUCCGCCUUGGAGCAAUUGCCCCAUAUAAAAGAAGAUGUUUGCCAUGAGGCAUCAAUGUGGCAGAAUCACCCGGUGUUGACUUUGUAACAUUGAACUUUAAUGUGAGAAUGUGGCCUUGGCAUUGACAAUUCUCUGCAAGACUCUAGGUUGGUUCAGAUUUAACUAACACUAAGCCAUAGUUUCGGAUUAUGAGGAUGAGCCUUGGUGAGUCUUCCGUCCCCUCCUGCUUCAAACCAACCACAAUAAUUCAAAAGCCUCCAGUUCCAUUUUAGAUUAACCUCCUAUUGCUGUGUGGUCUAAGACCAGAGACACCUGGAUAGCUCAGCUGGUUAGAGCGUGAUGCUAAUAACGCCAAGGCUGCAGGUUUGAUCCUCAUAUGGGGCAGCUGCAUAUUCCUGCAUAGCAGUGGGUUGGACUAGAUGAUCCUCAGAUGAUCCUCCUUCCAAUUACAAUUCUAUGAUUCUCUGGUUUAUCUAUGGCUAGUAGAAAUAAGGCAAUCUAAAGCCACAGCUCAUUAAACUGGCUUGCUUUUAUUAACUAUAGGGAAGAUUAACCACAGUGUAGGGUUUGAAAAGCACACAACUUCCGUCUAAAACCUUCUUAUCCCAUAGUUGUUACAGACGGGGUAGCAUGUGAGCCAUAUAACUCACACCGUUCACAGCUAACAUGGCCAGUGAUCAGGCAUGAAGGGUAGUAUAAAAAACAACAACUGGGGGCAUGAGGUUGGAAAAGUCUGUGCUAAAUCAUAGUUUGUGGUUAUGUUACACUUAAACAAUGUGCUUGUGUUAUGUCCAACUCUGCAACCGAAGAAAUGGGCCUGUUUUCUAGUGCAAUACUUGAAGUGCUUUUACAGUUGUUCAGAUGGAGCAUGUGGUCCUGUCUCUUAAAAAUUACUCUGUAAGCCAACAUGAGCACUUGCAGUUUUAAAGAAAUAAUAAAACAGUCUAAAUGUAUUUUUGCGCAGUACCAUCUUUAUUAUAAUGUCAGGUAGCUGGGGGGGGGGGGAAGACACCCAACCAAUUAUAUUUCCUUACCACUCCCCAUUUUCUUCCUUGUUUUCAGGGUUAUUUUGAAAGCUGCAACAUACAUAGAAAUAGAAUAGCAGGUUUUGAAGUGAAAGCUUAUGCCAACCCUACAGUAGUUCGUUGUGAAAUCCACCAUGGUCAAACUGGAGGAAUCUAUGUUCAUGAAAAAGGAAGAGGACAAUUUAUAGAAAAUAAGAUCUAUGCAAACAAUUUUGCAGGUGUAUGGAUUACUUCAAACAGUGACCCAACAAUAAGGUACCUGUCUGUAUUUUGGCCUAGAUUCUCAAGCCCUUGGACAGAAGUGGGGACUGGCCCACCCUCUGUGGGCCAUUUUUGACAAAUGUGUAGCGUCACCACCUGUCAGUCACCUGGUAUCAUAUGACAUCAGGUAAUUCAACUUCAGUUGAAGAAUCAGCAGUGCACUCUUUAAGUGCACUCUGGAUUCUUCCUUUCUUCUUCUGUAGCCCCAGCUUGAAUCCAAGCUGUGGCUACCAAAGAUUCCAGCCAAAAGAAGAAUUCAAGCAUUUUUUGCUAGGGCUUGGCUCCACUUGAGAGCUCUGACCCUAUUCCAGCAGGUCCUGUAUUUGGAAUCAAAUUUAGAAGGCACCAAAUGCAAGUCCUGCAUUCAGAGGAAAUAUCAGAGGCUCAUCAAAGGAAACAUGGAUGGCAUUGUAGUGUGUGUUGCCACUGAUAUUUGAGGAUCAUCUGAUUUCUAAGCCAUCAUGCAAGUCCAGCCCCAUAAGCUUUCUAGAUGGGGACUACCUGGGAACGUCAUAGAAACCAUUCUAAGCUGUUAGAGUAAAGAGCAGUGUUGUGUGUAUUAAAAAUUAAUUAGUCUUCCAUUUAGAAGCCACAGUUCUGUGUAUACUGUACAGCCUAUGUACGUUUAGAUUAUGUGGUGCUUGACAAAUUCUGUUUUCUCUGGCUUUUGCACCUUAGGGGUAAUGCAAUUUUCAAUGGGAAUCAAGGUGGAGUCUACAUAUUUGGUGAUGGAAGAGGCCUUAUUGAAGGAAAUGACAUAUAUGGUAAAAAAAUGAAUAUUUGCUUUGCUGCAUUUGAUACUCCUUGUGUCCUUGUGCCACAUUUUUAUUCAUACUUAACCUCUUUUAACAGGAAAUGCAUUAGCGGGGAUACAGAUUCGGACUAACAGCUGUCCCAUUGUUCGACACAACAAGAUUCAUGAUGGCCAACAUGGCGGUAUUUAUGUGGUGAGCAUCUCUGUGUGGUUUUGAUGUGAACUCAACUCAGAAAUAUUUUCGCUAGAGCCCUUUUCAGGCAUUCAAAAUGUGGAAUGUAAACGUGUGGUUGGGGAAAGAACCUGGAAGGGAAAGCUUGUUAAACAUAUUAAUCUGGAAGGGUUUUUAAAAAAUGUUUGCUUGAAAGUGUUGGCAGUUUGGCAUCUAAACGUUUGAAAACUUGUCUUGUGUUACUAGGACACUUUAAGUCUCGCCAAAAUGAAGAAGUCAUGAUUAGGCCACAAAUUGAGGUUAGAGCCUGAUUGUCAACCUGCAUAAGUUAGAUUGUUGAUAUUGCACUUUUCUUUCUUAUGCUAUAUAUGAAAGCAUUUAAAAGAGGGUUUUAAAAAUUCAUGGAGGGUAAGGCUAUAUUCUACCUCCACUGUCAUAUUGCCUCUAUAUCAGUUGCUGGGAGAUGCUGAUGAGGAGAGAGUGUUGCACUUGGAACCUGCUUGCAGGCUUCACCUAGCAUCUGGCUCUGGCUUCUAUGAGAACAGGAUCCUGGACCAGAUGGGCUUUCGGUCUGAUCCAGCAGGGUGGCUUUUGCAUUCAUAUUUCCCAACAUUGGCUAACUGUGAUUUUGAUAAAUUAAAGCAUUGAAGCAUAUUCACUCUUUCUAAUAGUGAACUAAGAUGGAGAGCGCUGCCGAGAUUGUAGACAAAAACAUGUCGUUAAGGAACUAGUGGGAAAUAUCUGCAUGCUUGGUAUAACUUUGAGGAUUGCAAAAGUAAAAAAACAAACAAAACUUUUUAAAAAAUUAAGGGGUGAUCCCCAAACACCCCAGUGAGGACUAAGCAUGCUCAGUAACCACCGGAUGGUGAGUUACAGUUGGAAAAGAAAAAUUAACUGGCUACAAAGGGAGUUGAAGGAACAGGGCUGCAGCUGACAAAGGAGCUAGGAACAUUUAAAAAUAAACCUUUUUUUGCAGGUCCUGCUUUUGUUUACCAGUUUUGUUUUGCUUUCAGCAUGAAAAAGGCCAAGGUGUGAUUGAAGAAAACGAAGUUUACAGUAAUACCUUGGCUGGAGUCUGGGUGACAACAGGAAGCACGCCAGUGCUGAGAAGAAAUAGAAUACAUAGUGGUAAACAGGUACAUCCCACCUUACUAUGUGGUUGGCAGUAAUACUGAUUUCAAACUCUUUACCAGAUGGCUGGAUUUUUUUUAAAAAAAUGUGAAAUUUAAAGAAAUAACAUUUGGAUUUUUUGCCUUCCAAAUUGCAUGGUUUCUUAAAAAGUGAAAAUACUAGCGGUUGCAUCCACUUAAGUCCUACUUAGAGUAGACCCAUUGAAAUAAAUGUUCUUGAGUUAGUCAAGUCGAUUUGUUUCGGUGGACUUCUGUCUUGAGUUUGACUUAAUUGGAUAUUAGACAAAGACACUGUGGGUGAUUCCCAGGUCCAAGUAUUGGGGCUUAACCUGCUCUAGAUAUAUUUGCACUCCCUCUGAAAGAACAGGCACACUGUUUAGAAGGCCUCUUGGAACCUCCAUUGUGAAGAACACCUAUCACCAGCCUUCGUUGGUAUGUCAACUGUGUCCUUUCCUAGACAUAGAUAGCUUGGCCUCUGUGAUUCAUGCACUGGUAGCCUAACAUUUAUACUCCUGUCAUGCCCUGUGUGGAGCUUCUCUUACAGCUGGUGUGGAGGCUGCAGCUGAUGCAGGAUGCUGCAGUCCACCUGGUGAGUGGGGCUGCUUACCAGGCACAUACCAUGCCAGUGCUAAGGGACUUUGCUCUGUCUGCCUAUUAGCCACUGAGCAAGUUUUAAGCUCUUGUUACUUAGAUAUAAAACCUUUAAAGACUCUGGACCAGGUCACCCAGAAAGACUGGCUUCCCCUCCAUUGCCCAGAAAGGGCAUUAAAUUCAACAGGUGUGGAAUCCUGCUAUUCUCGACGCACCCUGGUGAUUGGCUUGUGGUGACACAGAGGGGGCUAUUUCACAGGUGGCCGCAGUGUUAUGGAAUGCUGAAAUGUGGUCGGCCCCAUCUGUGUUGGCAUUCUGGCUCCGGAAGAUGCAGCUGUUUGGGAUUGUUUCAUUGCAUAUUUCAAUCAUGGACAUUUAUUUUGUUUAAUGGCAUUGUUUGUGUAUUUUAAAUGUGGUGUAUUUUCAAUUCUGUAUUUUAACAGUGUUGUACAGUAGGUUAUUUUUGUUUUGUAAAUGGUUUAGAAACCAUUUUGGCAUUCAGCAGUAUAUGAAUAGAUAUAACAAUACAACCCAGUAUUCUGUUAAGCCAUGUGGAUGUAAGCAUGUUAGCUCUGCAGUUAAUCACAAUCUAAACUGAAUUGGUGUCUGUAUUAGAUUCAUGUUGAAUGAGGCUUUUCUUUCUAAUUGAAAAACCAGUUUGAUCAUUUCUCAGAUAUGAUUAUUUACACUAUGCCUCCCAAAGACAGGCAUUUCAUUUUUACCUGAUGAAAAUAAACUGUUCUUGUUUGCUCAGUAAGCAGAAAGGAGCAACACUGGGAACAAGAAAAAAAAAAUCCUCAGUGUGUUGGUUCCUAUCGUCCCAUAUUUAACUUUACUAAGUCUCAUGUAUGGGAUGCUGGUCAUAAUCAUGAAAGACCCUGUAUAGGAAUAUUUUAAAUAUAAUCUCUCUACAGGUAAAAAAAAAAAAAGGAAAGCAUGCAAAAUGUAUACAGAGUAACAAAGAUGUGAGGCCUAGUUAUACAAAUAAAACAGUGUAAAUAAAACUAUUUUACCGGUUUUAGUAGUCAGAAUUUACACUGUUGUUCUGGAAAUACAUGAAGUAGUAUUAGUGAGAUACUUGAUUUAAUCAACCUCUUUUCUUUCCGGUUUAAAUCAUGGCUUUAAAUUGCCAUGAUAUAAAAAUUAAUUUACCAUUUCCCAAUGUCUCUUUAAUGCUCCAGGUUGGUGUUUAUUUCUAUGACAAUGGACAUGGAGUGCUGGAGGACAAUGAUAUCUAUAACCAUAUGUACUCAGGGGUUCAAAUCAGGUAAAGUAUAUCUUCAUUUGUUUUGCUUCAAAAUGUUUUUAAUAUAUAAACCAGUUGUCUUAAGUCAGUGAACUGUCAACUUUUCUCACCAUCUUAACAAUUGCAGUACGUAUGUUACUUUAGAUUUGGUUGUUUUCCUUUCCUGUCCACUGUCAGGAUUAUUAUGUGGUAGUAGCUCUCAACUUGGGCUUGAAAUUGUUGGAAGUGUCAGACCCAUGUCUUUCAAUGACUAGUUUUGUAUUUGGCCUGGGAGACAGAUUCUGUUCCAGGAGUGGAAAAGCGAUUUCCUCUGAACUCCUAAGAUGCCAGCACUGGAGUGGAUAGAGUCCAGUGCCCUGGCAAGGAUACAAAUCACCCCGUUCCUGGUCAUCAGAAUAAUCAUUUGAGGAGAAGGGAUGGUGUGAUAAUUAAGCUACCUCUGUGGGCAUAUAAGAGAGAAUGAAUGUUGGGUGGUCACACCUAGAGAGCUGGCCAUGAGUGAGUGCAACCCCAAGCCAAGGAGGUUAGCAACCCCUGUUCUGAUCUAACAUUUGUCAAGGCUUUAUUGGAUGACCUCAGAGUAAGUCCCUGUCUUUUAUCCUCAUUUUUCUAUCUGCAAAAUAGGAGUUCAUUUUACAGAGUUCUUGGUUUUCAUAAAAAAAUAAAAACACACUUAGUUAACCAAGUGUGUCAUAUGAAUUAUAUUUUCCCUUCCCUUUUAAACACAGUGAAGAGCUGCAGGCUGAUAAAAAAGAAUGGCAAAGUCCUUCCGUUCACACAAGCAGUUUCUUAACUUUCAUCAUAGAGCAUACUUGAAAGAUUUUUUCCAUGGCUAAAAAUACUCUUCGGUUUCUCAACUUUUCAGGGUGUGAACAUGAGAGGUGCCAUAAAAAAUUAAUUGUAGACAUAUAAGCCCCAUUAUAUCCGUUGUUCUUUAUACUACAGUAUAAAGAUAUACUAGAUGUGUUCAGAUGAUAGGUACCCGAGGGCUGAGACUAAAAGGGUUCACAAUUAUUUCCAGUGAUAUUGAAAAGGAGUGGGUAAUAUUAUAAGGGUGUGGGAAUGCUAGCCAAGAAAAAAAUUGCACCUUAAUUAAGAAUUUAAGCCCCCCCUUCAGUAUUUAAAAAAUAAAAAUAAAAAGAAGAGAACAUCUGGUACAGCCAUGUACAUACUUUCAGAACCUUUAUCUGCCAGAACAUUACUUUGUGAGUCUGGAUUUGGUUCAUAGCAUAGGAGAGAUUCUGCAUUCAGCUAAACAGGGAUCUCGUGGUCUCAGGGAUUGUUUUCUAUACAUGGUGAGAGGGGAAGGUAUAGGAAGAAAUGUAUGAGUGCCUGGCGUACUCUAGGCUUAUCAUGCAGGUACUUAAAUAUUUCUUGAUUGUACAAUGCUGAUAAUGGUUUUUAAAUAAUCAAAUGUAGUUCAUGUCACAUGUACAAAAUAAUAAGCCAUUUCUGAGUAACCUCUUUGUUUGCUUAUGUACAGAACUGGAAGCAACCCCAAAAUUAGGCGCAACAAAAUUUGGGGAGGCCAGAAUGGUGGGAUUCUUGUUUAUAAUUCUGGUAAGCUUCCCCUCUACUUCAUUCUUACAAUUUAAAAUAUGAGGCUGUUUCACCGUAAUGCAAAAUCUUGAUGUUUUAUUUUAUGUUUGAAAGGGCUCGGCUUUAUAGAAGACAAUGAAAUUUUUGAUAACGCAAUGGCUGGAGUUUGGAUUAAGACAGACAGCAAUCCCACAUUAAGAAGAAACAAAAUCCAUGAUGGAAGAGAUGGAGGCAUCUGUAUAUUUAAUGGGGGCAGAGGUACUAGUCCACUCACUUUUAUCAUGUUUACUUUUAGCCAGAGUGAUGUCUUUUUAAAAAUAAAAUGAAGUCUUUGUUCCCUUUAAUCAACUGUCACUGUGACCAUAUUUUGAUCCUUUGAGAAGCUGUUUAGUCAUAUUUAAUAUAAAAAGGAGCAGUAAUUCUCUAUUUAGCCACCAAGAAUAUGUCUGCACUGCAGGAUCAAAAUUUCACUAGCUAAACUGUGGCCUUCUCUGAGAGUUGCAAAUUGUGGUUGAAGAAAGAAUAUGUAAAACCCUUUCUUCCUGUUCAGAUAACCAAGCUACAUUUUUCUAAUUCAAAUAGCUGUUGGAGCUCAGCUAAUUCCCACUUUCUGCAGAAAACAUUUACCGUAUUUUUUGCUCUAUAAGACUCACUUUUUCCCUCCUAAAAAGUAAGGGGAAAUGUGUGUGCGUCUUAUGGAGCGAAGGCAGGCUGCGCAGCUAUCCCAGAAGCCAGAACAGCAAGAGGGAUUGCUGCUUUCACUGCGCAGCGAUCCCUCUUGCUGUUCUGGCUUCUGAGAUUCAGAAUAUUUUUUUUCUUGUUUUCCUCCUCCAAAAACUAGCUGCGUCUUGUGGUCUGGUGCAUCUUAUAGAGUGAAAAAUACAGUAUGUUAAUAUUUGAAUAUGUCUAUAUUCCACGUGUUAAAAAGCAAUAUAUAUCUACCAUCACCCGGAACAAUUACUGUACUCAGUAUUUAUUUAUUUUCUGUGCUUGUGAACAAAACAAAUUUCAGACUGAUUAUUUUUGUUCUGUCUUAGGUCUCCUUGAAGAGAAUGAUAUCUUUAGGAAUGCACAAGCUGGGGUCCUUAUCAGCACAAAUAGUCAUCCUGUGUUAAGAAAAAAUAGAAUAUUUGAUGGAUUUGCUGCUGGUUUGUAUUUGAUUUAUAUUGUCUUUAUCUCAGAAUAGUGUUAAGACCUCAGAUCUAGGAGUGUUUCAGUCAUUUGCAAAUAUUCUGAUAUUUCAUAAUGUCUUAAAAUCACCAGUGAACUUUGUCCAAAUAUUCACCAGUGAAUAUUGUCCAAAAUAUCAGUGGUGGUUUUCUUUUUUCUCCCUUAAAAACUACUGGUUAGCCAGGCCACCCAUGUUUUAAAUGGCCAACAUUUUGGAAAGGAGGAAGAGAGACCACAUUUUGCCAGAAGUGAAUUGCUGAAUUAGUAAUUUAAUAGGCAACUCUUUCUUUCACUGUUGGAGAUUCAGACUUUAUUUAAAUCAUUUUGAAACCUCCUUUAUAUUUCAAAACUUACAUAAAAAUGUAAAGCUUUGUGUCUAUUUUUCUUUAAAAGUUUUAACUUUUCAUACAUUCAGCGUUUUUCUUCCUCCUCCCACCUUAAACCAUGUCAAGCAUUUGUAAAUAAUGCAUAGGCCUUGUUAGUUGCAUUUCAUUUUUUCUCUGUGCAUUAUCAUUUAUUUUUUACCAAUGGUUAAGGGCCAUAGAAAAGCAGAUUUUUUAGGAAGGAUUGACUUCGGUGAUCACUUCAAGGCAGCCUGUAAUUUUUCAUAGGACUGUAGUAUCUGCCCAAGCUGUUAUUCUACAAAGCACUCUCAUUAAUUAUUGUUUGACCCAUUUCGAGUCAUCACUUUGCACAGCCCUCUGUGGCAGCAGAAUAAUAAUAAUAAUAAUAAUAAUAAUAAUAAUAAUAAUAAUUUUAUACCCCACCCAUCUGGCUGGAUUUCCACAGCCACUCUGGGAAGUUUACAGCAUAUAUAAAAACGUAGUAAAACAUCGAGCGUUAAAAACUUCCUGAUACAGGGCUGCCUUCAGAUGUGAUAAUUUUAUUAUUAUUUUAACCAUUCAAGGAAUAACUCUGGCCACUGCAAGCAUGGUGGCGAUGCAUCUUUGCUUCCCCACUCACAUCAAAUCUUAAAGAAAAAAGCGUCUUUGCUAGGCAGAGACAACAUGGAGUAACAUGCCACAAUACAAACAGCUCCAUGAUACAUCCUGGAGCUGUAACAAUGAAGCAAGCUUGCGAGUUGAUGAGCACAGGGGGAGAAAAACUCCCCAACAAAUGCAGUCAAACAUGGGUUCACUGCCGGAUCUGAGUGAAGAAAGUGUACUUCACCUCCAUUGCUUCCUGUUUGUCAUUCAGUGGAGUUGUUCCAAAUAGCCAUGGGCCUAUACUUACAGGCUCUAGCGAGGUGUUACGAGCAUAAAAUUGCUUGGAUCUGCUGCGAUCUGGACUCACCCUUUGGAGCAAGUGCUAGAGAGGUGUAAGGAACACUUUUCUUGUCGGCUGUUGUUGGGUAGGUUUCAGUUGCUUUGGCCCAAGAACGUGUACAGGGUGCUUUGUCAGUUUGUGCAGCUACUGUUAGCCUAUAAAAUCAGGCAAGGAGGAGACGGUGGGGCCAGGCUAAUAAUUCAUGCUUUGCUUUGAGAGGUGGCGAUAAGACCAUUCUUGAAGAAACCUGACUUACGUUUUAGGCCAGCGGCAGAUGUCUCCUUGAGAGGGUGGUUGUCAACAUUUUUAAGUCCAGUUCAAUCAAGAUUCAGGCCUACUUUUGGCUCAGAAACUGCCUUGGUCGCCACCCUGUAUGAUGACUUGUGUUGGGAGAGACAGAGAAUGCAAUGAUCUUGGCAUCUUUCAAUACCAUCAGAUUUGGAAUCCUCCUGGAAUAACCGGCUGAGUUGCGGAUUGGGGGCACCAUAUUGCAGUGGUUCUGAUUCUACUUGGACAGCCAGUUCCAGAAUGUGGUCCUCGAGGGAGAUUGUUCGGCCCCCUGAUUCUCCAGUAUGGGAACUGAUUCUGUUCCCCAUGCUAUUAAACAUCUGCAUGAAACUGUGGAGUGUGGGGUCAUACAGGGUCUGUGGUAAUUGAUUUGAGGGCCAAUAAACUGAAGCUUCAUCUAAGACUGAGACGUUCCUAGGUGGUGGUUUUCCCAUCUAGUAUGCAGCCUGCUCUAGAUGAAAACUCCAAAGUUUAUAAUCAUUCAAGUAGCAAGUAACUGAGGCAAAUAGCAUUUUAAUACUUUUUUAAGAGUGCAGUUUCUGCUAAUUAACUAGUAUACUAUUUCUCUUUGGAUAGUACCAGAAGAGUCAAAAAAUUGUUGCGACAGCUAAAUACGUCAAAUUUUCUGCUAAACUAACUUUCCCCCCUCUAAUUUAAGGUAUUGAAAUAACAAAUCAUGCAACUGCAACUUUAGAAGGCAAUCAGAUUUUCAAUAACCGGUUUGGAGGUUUAUUUCUAGCCUCUGGAGUCAAUGUGACAAUGAAAGGUAUGUUGAAUUAUGCUCAUUUGUAAUUUGUAAGUCACUGAAACUCUUUAUAAGGGAUACCCAAUGAAAAUGAAACCCCAAAAGCACCCUCACAUUUAGAAACUUGCUUUGACAGCUUCUAAAUUAGCCGUUUGUUAUCGUUUUGGUAGCUCAGUUUAAACAAACCUCUUCCGUGCAAAACUAUUAAUGUGUCUGACAUACACACUUCCUAGCAGUGGCAAUGUAUUUUCUCUUAGUAUUUGUUUUGUGUGAACAGCAGGUGCAGCAAUAUUGGUGAAGAGUAAGUAGUGUGUUAAAACUUGUACAGUUGUGCCCUGGAUCCUGAACACCCUGGAACUCGGAUGUUUUUGCUCCCAAAUGUCGCAAACCCUGAAGUGAUUGUUCCAGUUUGCAAACGUUCUUUUGGAACCCAAACAUCCGACGGGGCUUCCGCAGCUUCUGAUUGGCCACAGGAGCUUCCUGCAGCCAAUCAGAAGCUGUGAUUUGGUUUUCGAACGUUUUGGAAGUCAAAUGGACUUCCCGAAUGGGAUUCCGUUCGACUUCUGAGGUACGACUGUACUGCAAAACUCUUCAUCGUGCGUAAUCCUAAAGGGAUUGUGUAAUCUUAUUUCAGAUCAAAUCCAGCUGUUGGAUUGGAGGUUUUCAGUCAAGCUAUAGCUCAUGGACUGUAGAAUAGCUCACUGUGCAGCAGUAAACUGUUAAAUCUGAUCACUGUUUUAUUGCAGAUAACAAAAUAAUGAACAAUCAAGAUGCCAUAGAAAAAGCUGUCAGUAGAGGCCAAUGUUUAUAUAAAAUAUCAAGUUACACCAGCUACCCCAUGCAUGAUUUCUAUAGGUAAGCAAGUAUGGGAUCUACUUUUCCCACAGCUUAACGUUUGCAUGUUUAAAAAAUGGAUCCGUUUUAAAUUGUUAACUUUGCAUUUUAGGUGUCACACUUGCAACACCACAGACCGCAACGCCAUAUGCGUAAACUGUAUUAAGAAGUGCCAUCAAGGACAUGAUGUGGAAUUUAUUAGGCAUGAUAGGUAUGUUGACUGACCCUUGAUUGAAAACAUAGUGCCACUUUUUUCCCUGCCAGUAUUUCAAAGACUUCUCUCUUCCAGGUUUUUCUGCGACUGUGGUGCUGGAACACUCUCCAAUCCAUGUACAUUAGCCGGAGAACCGACCCAUGAUACAGAUACACUAUAUGACUCUGCUCCUCCUAUAGAAUCUAAUACGCUGCAGCACAACUGAAUUACUUUUGAGAAAGAAAGGAAGAAAAAAGUCCUGCCAUUCUAUCGUAACUGUUAAUUUUGUUUUUGAGGAAGUUAUACUUGCCCAUUUCUGCAGAGGGAGACUUAAAAAAGGAUGUGUAAAAGUGGUGACACUAUGGAGCUCAACCUACCAAAAAGAAAGUGGCAAUAUGUUGACUCAGGAUAACAGAACUGGGCGUUUCAGCAUUACUGUGUAAACAAAGACUAAGGGACAGAUGUGAAGAAAAUAAGCUGCAUCUUUGUACAGAUACCAACUUCCAAAAGGCUGGUGUUUCUACAAGUAGCAUUGAAACACAGUCCCAUUUGCAGUAGUACUAUUCUGUAGACUAGCAGCAGUCUUUGUUGCUGCCUUUAUGGACAUGGGUACCAAUUGCUUUUUGUAAUAUGGUAAAAAAUGUGAGCUAGCACUUCUGCAUUUAUUUUGAUUUUUUUAAAAAACAUUUAUUCAGAUUGAGAUGAUUUUAAUGCUUUAAUCUCAUGUAGUUUUUAAUUUCAAGCAAAUCUUAUUGUACUUGAAUGUGUCCUGUUUUGUUAGCACAUCUAGACUUGCUGUAACUGUACUCAUGUCCCAGUAUGUACGUUCUUUCUAUGAAAGAGAACACUAAUCUUAAAUUAUAUCCAGCAAUUUUUCUGGUAUCCUUUGCAGUUAGAAUAUCCCUCCUUUUCCCCUUCCCCACCCCCCAUGGUCUUCACAUCACUUUGAGAAACAAUGUUUUAAUGAGGCUUCCUGGGAGAUAAUGCACUAUUAAAACAAAGUAUGCAGGCGACAGUUUGCAGUUAAGAGGUUUUACUAUGUUUUAAAGUACACUGUUGUAAGAACAUCUCCUCAAAACAAUCCUGUAUUUACUCUGUUCACAGUUUUAUUGAACAGUCUUGGACAUUAACUCUUAUGAACUGCUGAAAAUUGCAAUUUCCUCCUCUAAUGAAGAUGAGACAAAAGUAUAUAGACAGCCCUAUACAGUUUCAUAGCUUUUUUUCCAUUUAUGUGUAUUGGUGACAGUGGGUAAUCAACAGCCUGAAAGUGUAUGCAUGUACCAUAACAUCUAGACUUAAUAUAUUGUGGAGUAUUCAAUAACCAUUAUGUAGAGGGGUAGCUAAGAAUUAAAAGGGUUUAAUUUCCUAGGAAAUACAAUGGAAAAUGGUCAUUUUUAAAAAAUAAAGUUUAUUAGAUCACUGUUGUUUGCAUAAUGCCUUC